GCAAAAGGGGAUCCAUAUGUAAAACUUGUGGUUGAUGGCAAACAACCUUCCAAAAAAACUGAGCCAGCCAAAAAGACAUGGGAACCAGUAUGGGAAGAGGAGUUUACAAUGUAAGUUCCACGUCAUGUCAGCUUGUUAUACAAAAUAGUUUGAAGGCACUGCCAUUGAUGGUUCUUCCUGAAUUGAACAAAACUACAUGUAGUUCGCUCUCAUUCAGGGUAGGAAAUUAGCCUUUACCAAUAGUAACUAUUGGUCACUUGAGUAACUUCACUAACCACAAAUUAAAGCAAUUUGUUUCAGGGAAAUAAUUUUAUCAGAAACUGCAAGGGUGUUUCAUGAAUUUGCUGAAAAUUGUUUAUUUCCCUUGUAUUAUUACAUGUAGAUGAAGUUACAGUGGAGCUUUUCGCCAGAGUUCCCCAGGGAAAUAGCUUGGGUUGGGCUAGAUCUGGGUUUUGAUCACAUUUUGUUUUUUAGGUUUGUGGUUAAUAUCCUUGUUCGUGAACUGUAAAUAUUGAAGAAUGACAUAAACUGUGAAACAUUUUUACCCCUUAAAUAGAUCCUCCACAAGUGUUCAAUCUAGAAAUUUGUCGAAGUGGGUCAUACAUGUAUGUCCCACGUGGUAUUUUGAAUUGGGUCAUUUCAUAAAUGGUCUGGUUAAAACUAUGAUUUUGGAGUUUUUAACAACUGACGUCAUUGUUGGCUCAUGAAGUUUUGGAGGUUGACUCAACAAACUGACUUCUCCAGCUUCAUGGCCAUCCUUAUCCAGCCCAUCUUCAUGUUUUUCAGGUUCAACUGCUAUUCUCUUUUGCGUAAAAAAACGAAUUUAGUUUUUGUUGUCACUUCAUAAUGAAAGGAAAAAAAAGAACAAACUAAUUCAACAAAGAUCAACAAACACAGCAUGAAAGAUCUGCAAGGCAACGUACGCCGAACAUCAAAAUUUAUGCGCCAGUCUCUCUCGGAAUUGCAUGGAAAUGAAAUGACGGUCAUUUUGCGUGUUCAUUUCAGGCUUGUAAGCACACUUUUUUUAAAAUUUACUUUUAUUAUUGCCUGAUGCUUUUGAAUUGCUUAUGUACAAACUGUAUGAAGUAACGUUUUUUUGUAUCAGUAUUACUCCGCCAUAAUUUCAUUUUGCGUCAAAAUAGAAUGUCUCGCAUCAAUGAUGCAAAAACACAGUGUAGAUUGAACACUGCUCCACAUCAAUUAUUUUUAGCGUUGGUGAUUCAGCCCUUAAUUUUGAGACUACAAUAAAGGUGUUGACUUCAUUCAUGCUUUAAAAAGGACUAACUACAGUCACUGGCAAGUCAAAUUACAGUCAGGACCAUAAAAUUGCAUUUGAAUAUAUUAGAUGUAAAAACAUUCAUUCCUUAUGUUUUGUAUCUUAAUUAUUGGAUUAACAAAUGCAGAGCAAUAAUUGAAGAAUAUUUUGUACCAUGUUCUUUAUUUUCAGCCUUGUGACACCUUAUAGUCUUUUAGAACUAGAAGUCAACAACAAAUUUUCUCUCAAGAGUGAUGUUCCAUUAGGAUCAGCAAAGAUUCAGUUAAACGAUGUGCUGCAUACAAACCAUGGAAAAUGUAUGUUUCUCCUUGCAAAGAGGAAUUAAGAAUGAAAUAAAUGAUGCAUUCUUUUUCAGUGAAUGGAUAUAGUAUUAUCUCUUUUUUUUAAGUGGCAUGCCACUGUCAAUGUGUUUCUUGUCGUUCUUAACACUGUUACUGUAAGGAUUGUACAUGAAGGACUCAAGGUUACUGUUCUCUUUUUUAGUCCUACAUGUAUUUCCAAAUUGUCCUGUAACUUUUCAUCUGAUUUAACAAUAGCAGAACCCUGGCACAUUUGAACUUUUGAGCAGACUAGACUAGAACAAAUCAGAUAAGUGAAAAACAAAAAUUGCUGUCAUUUUUAGCUUUCAGAGGCUGAUUUAGAUGCACACAUUGAAAAAUCAUUUAAAAAUUGAAAGUGUAAUUUUUUAAAAAAAAAUGGUUUGUUUGUUUAAUACUUGUAGCUAAUUAAGGUGUCUUCACCCAGUUAUUUUGUGAGGGUACCAUCCUACUUUGAAGAUCUCUGAUAUCCCCAACUUUACUUUGAUUGUAAGUCUAACAUAUAGCAUGGAUAACAUAUAGAUCAAUCUACAAUACAGCAUAAAAUUUUUGUCGAUCGGCGUAAAUGUCAUGUGGUUAUAUUGCCACGCCUCUUUGGGGUCUGAGUAGAAAUCCUGCUGUUGACAGCAAUUUUUCGUGAAAAUCUCUCAGCUACAUAUAGUUCGCAUUAGUGCCUUGUGUUGAACAGAGUUUUACCAAAAAGACCUGGCUGACUUCCGAAUGGUCACCGAGAUAUGAUAAUUUUGGUAUGGUGAGACAGGCGAUUGCGUGAUAUGUAUAGGUUUAACUCACGACUUUUAAUAAAUUAACUUACUUCUUGUGUCUUUGCCAAAAAAUCAAGAAAUGCUACACAAUCUCUUCUCCAUGAACUUCUUCUCUCACCCGAAUAGCAUUCAACACCCCAGCCAUUUUCUUUAGAGUUUUCAAUUCUCUGCAUGAUGUACACUCAGCUGGCUGGAGACGUUACGUGACGGGAAUCCCUUCUAUUUUCUCAUACUAACUUAUCAUAUCUUGGUGAGCAUUUGGAAGCCAGGCAAGAGUUGUCAUUGCACGCGUGCUGAACAAGAAUGCUGUAUCAUGACAGACUAGAAACAAUAGACAACUCCCAAAGCACAAACUCAGCCAAAAUGCUAAAAAUCUUCAAUGUUUAUUCAAGUUUGGACUUAUAAAAGAUAAUGUCACAGUUUUUCAAUGACCAUGAAAUUCAGAAUCCAGGUAGUUAGUUAAUCAGUUGUGGCCCUGAAAAAAUUUGAAGGACAAAAACUACAUGUUUUUAAGACAAUGCUUUUUUCGUGAGAAGGACUCUUAAAUGCUGUCAAAUGUCAACAAAUAGCUAAAACUAUAAUUUCUAUGUGUUUGCAUUGCUAGAAAUCGCACGCAUUUACAAGGCCCUAAAGCUUUUUGCUGACUUGCAAGGACCCAUCUGUUAUAAAGAUCCCCAAAAUAAAGGGGUAAAUCUCAUAGUUUAUUAGAUAUAAUCGUUUAAAGUUUGCUUAUCAUUUUCACAUAAAUUAUGACCUAACUUUGGAAACCGCUGAAUUUCUCACAUUGGGUCUUUGUGAUUUUGGUGAAACUCUGUUCAACGCAAGGCACUAAUGCAAACUAUGUGUAGCCAAGAGAUUUUCACAAAAAAAUGCCGGCAACAGCAGAAUUUCGACUCAGACCCCAAAGAGGCGUGGCACCACAUGACAUUUACUCCGAUCGCCAAAAAUUUUACGCUGUAUAUUGUAGAUUGAUCUAUAUGUUAUCCAUGCUAUAUGUUACAGUUACGAUCAAAGUAAAGGUGGGGAUAACAGAGAGCUUCAAAGUAUGAUGGUACCCUCACAAAAUAACUGGAUUGAGUCACCUUAAAUUAUUUGAUAUAGGGUUAUACGUUGUACAAUGUAGGUAUUAACUUAUCACAUCCCCUUUCAUGAAAGACACCCCUUAAGUUAUCCAGUAACCUAAAGACUUGGUGUGAUCAGAAUUUGCAUUUACUUUUGAGGGUGCAAAUAGAAGCUGUAAGGGAACAAGGAUUGAUUUAUUUAUUGGAAUAUCUAUUGAAUUUCUAUUUCUUUUGCAGUGAAUAGACAUAAUUUAAAAGUGAAUAUUCUCCUGGACAAAAAUGGCACACCAUGUCAAACAGGUGUGCUGGAAGUUAUGCUUGAUGGAAUGAGUGUGAAUAUGAGACACUUUCCUCGAAGGCUACCACAUCAAACACCAACGCCCGUUGCCAAUGGCCCUUCUACAGCAAACACACUCCCAGUUAAUGGUGGUACACCAUCACGACAAACUCAACAGUUAGUAUUUUCAUUUACUGUCUUUUAAACUUUAUAUAAUAAUAUAUUACUAUAUGCUCUCUUAAAGGACAUUUAAAUGGUUGUCUAAUGGUUUGUAAACACUUUAAGCCACUUAAUAGAAAGGUGUUUGUUUAUGUAAUCUUGCGGAAAGCCACAAAUUGGAGUAGGAAUCGUUUCAACUUUUUUCUACACUGAUUGUUUUCGAAAGUUUAGCAAUGGAAAAUUUAAUUCAAUCCAGUAUUGUUCAGUGGAGUUCAACAAACAGCACAGAACUAAGGUUUUAGAAUAUGGCAGUGUAAAGAUUUGGUUUAUCAAUUGAGUUGAUAAGGAAGAUUGACCACCACAGGGAGAUAGAGAAGCUGGUGUUUUGAGCGGCAGCAUCAGAGCAAAUUGAUUCACCAGAACAGUCUUUUGGGGCCUUGUCCUCUGAUGCUAAAAUAUCAGCUUUUGAAGUUCAGGCAUGUGCAGAGGGGAGAAUUUUGAGACAGUCUUUGGCUUAAAAAGUGACACAACAGUAUCAAGUUUUACUGUAUGAUUGCCUUUUUUCAUUAUUAUCUUUUUUUUCGCUAGGCGCAUGCAUUUACUAGGCGGGAAACAUUUUGAGGAAAAACUUUAAGGAGUUUAAGAUAUGAUGUGAAUGUUACUUGUGCAAGUUGGUUGUAGAACAAGAUUUGCAGGGAAAUUUUCUGGUCAAAUUUUCAAGGUUUCUUGUGUUUUUUUUUUCUGGCCUGUUGGACUCAGUAAAUUGUGCUCACCCGGUUAGGGCAGGUCAGUAGUGAAUGGUUUAACAGGUUAAAAACAUUAGUUUUUUGUGUCUGUGUCUUUGAUUUCACUUGACACUAUAAUCUUAUGCUUGCCCAUGUGCUUGUGCUGCAAGUGAAAACUGGCUUUCUACAUGUGUGAAAAAUCUCUAAAUUUAAAUGAAAAGUGUUAACCUGUCCAACACUUUUUGGCUAUGACUGUAGGUUAGAGCAUACUGACUUAGGUCAGCAUAUUUACUUUGUCUCAGUUCCAAAUAUUUACCUAGGUUAUUGAUCAAAUUGAUAUAAGAUAAAAAACUAACCUACAAAUAAUUGGACUGACUGAUGAGUGACCUACAACAUAUCUAGGUUGAAAUCCAACACGCUGUUGUCAAAUCUCUAUUAACUGGCCCUUCAUUAAACAGACAUCUUCUAUUCAGCAUACACGUUUCAAAUUCACUUACAUUAGUUCCAUAAAUAAAGCAAAUCCAGAGAAGAUAUGAACAACCACAUGAAUUUUCUGAAUUUCCAUGGUACAUAUUAAGGCAUAUUUUCCUACCAUAACACCAUCAAACGAUAAAAAAGACGGCAAAAUCGACCUUUCUCUUCGAAAUCAUUCACAAAAACAACCACGAGAGGAAUAAGCACUUUCAACUUCUGGCGUUUCCGACAGCCAAUCAGAUCUUGUGGCAUUGUUCUAACAGCCAAUCAGCGUUACGGCCAAAAUCUGGCCGUAACAAGCACAAACGUGAGAGAGUUUGUAUCACGCCCAAUUUUAGCGCUGGCUGUUAGAGAGAAUGUAUGAGAAUCACUAAAAUUGGGCCUGAUGUCAGGUUAGUUUACAAAAUAAGGUAAAAAGUUUACAAUUUCUGAUUCUGGGACUGGGUUACAAUAACGCCAAAAAUAAUAUACUUGUAUAAAAUAUCACACUGUUGUUUAAAGGGUGAGCUCAUAUUCGAGGGUGGGGAAAAAGCUACUUGUAUAUCUUGCCGUACAGCACUUUGGUAGGACUGAGUUGUUAGAGAGCGCGUCCAAAUAUUGGUAGGGAACCCGAUCAUGGGAAAUGGACCCGAUUAAUUUUCCGAUAGUUCGGAAUUGGUACCGAUCUGUAGGCACCAGUUGUCGUUUCCGAUUAUGAUAAGAACUUUGCUGAUUCAAUCAGAGCCAAUUGACAUUCUGAUGUUCAUAUGUGUCAUCGUCAUAUUAUAUUAUGUUACCUGAUAUGAAAUGAAGCGUGUGACGAAACCAAAUGAUGAAAGAGUCGUUUCACUCCAAAGUAAUUUCUAUCGACUGUACCUUUUUCCUACUGAUCCAUAACAAAUAACAAUAUUGUAUGUUCCUGUGUGUUGUGUUUCAAGUUUGUUGAUUUGAUGCGCGCCUACACAUGCUUUUCGACCUUUUGCAGAGGUAUUUCCUUCAGUCAGUCGCAAACACCACUCUACCCCAUAAAAUUUAUGCUAUGAAAAUGAAAAGGAGUUACCGAAAAAAGGAGUUACAUGUGUAAAUAUUAUGACGCAAACACCACUGUUCUUUGUUGAUACAUAGCAAACAAAACACCAUACUGAGUAGUGUGUUCUUUACUCAAUACUUUCUAACAAUCAAUCCAAAAACAGAACCAGAACUCACUUUCUCAAAACACAACUGGAUGCAUAGACUUGCUACAAGUAGACCUCAUGGGUUUUCUAGCGAGCAGAGCGAGAGCAGAACAAUGGAUAAUAUAAAACCACGGGAUAAACUUUUACGAAAAUUUGCGUCUUUCAUUCAACGAUCGUAAACGAAAGGUGCAAUGCGAUCUGAGGCAAAAAAUACCUGUAACCAAUUAGAUUACGGCCUUAGAUUGUCUCCAGGGAAUUAGCAAAAGAACUGAAAGAUUCCCACACUCGUGAGUCACGGAAGACAUGGAACGAAGUUUCAUACAGGAGCUACCAAAGAGAGAAUGGCAACUUAGCUGUUUUGUGAGCUUGAGCAUGGUGCCACGUGAAAUUGCUUUGCACUCUCAGCACUUAGGAAAAUUUGCCCUUGACUCAAGAAAAAUCAGAACCAUUUUUACCGGAGUGUUCAACUGACACAAACUCUGCAUACAUCCGGUAAGUUUGACUAAAUUUAAUAGGGAAAAGAGAAAACCAGUUGAACGCCUCCUUCAGUCACUUUUUUGAGUUCAUGCAACCAAUAAACAACUUGCAGCCUGAUUCUCAGACGAUGUCCUCUUCUCUCCUGUGGCAAUUUAAAAAGUUAAAGUACACAACAUGGUAACAGUAUUUGCAUUUUGGUCAUGGAUGUUCUGACUUCUUUUUAUUUUUUUCGCUUAAAGUCCUAAACUGUUUAUUCCUCCAAAGAUUCUUAUAAUUAUGCAUUUUGGGUUCCGGUUAGCACGGGCCCAAGCUAUUUUAAAAUUAUCAUUUUGAGAUCGUACACUUGCAAUGAACAUUGUGCCGUCUUUCACUCAAAAGAUGCUCUUUAGCGUUGUUGAAUGACCUGCUGUUUCUUCUCAUGCCCAUUUUGUUCCACAAAUUUAAUCUUUUCUGGUCAUACUCUGUCAUAGGAAAUACGAACACAUGUUCGAAACCUUGACGUUAAAUUUCAUUUGAAACAAGACACAUUUAUAAGAAAGAUAAUGUUAAUAAUUAGAAGAAACACUUUAUCUGCUGGUCUACAACAUUUAAAUGGGAAAUUUAACGUGUUUGUGCAUCGAAAAACAGUCAUUCACGCUUUUACUUUUGUUUUUGUGACGGGUUAUUUGAGCUGCUAGAUAUUUUUGAUGACCUAUGUUAAUUGGCCUGAUAAAGAAUUGAGACUCGUUGCCGAUUCCGUUUCAUUCGGUACCGAUAAUAUCGGGUCGAAACAUCAACAGAAUCAGAAAAAAUUGGUACCCAAUUGAUCGGCAUCGGUGUGACCCAAUGCCAAUAUUUGGACGCGUUCCCUUACUAGAGCGUAAAUUGUAAGGCUAGCUCUCAGCACACAAGGUAGGCAAUAAGUAGUGCAGGCAUGAUUCUGGGUGGUCACAGAUGCUAUGCCACACCCUAAGUCACAAGUCAAUAUGUCAAGAAAGUGUCAGUAUAGUGGGUAUUGGGGAAUAAGAUAUGUAAUGCCCUUUUCUGGACUUGCUCGACCUUGUCACUUAGAUUGACAGGUUGGCUGUUUGACCACAGGACACAACAGUAUUUCCGAACUGAGCGUAUCAAUGCAAAGUAGACAUUGAGGAGGUCACUAGAGGGGAUCCCAGCCUGUUUCAGAACCCUAAGAAUGUAAAGACACCUUGGUACCUAUUUUGUUGAUAUUGUCAUUUCACUUAAGGGUGUCAACGAUGUAAGCCCGAGUACGUUAUUGGAGGGCACAUUUUCCAGAGGAAGCAGUGUGCAAAGAAAGUAGUGUCCGAUAGCCCGGGGCUAGUGGAUUUGCUUUCGGGCUAGUGAAUUCUGUUCUUAACUUGCCCAAAGGGCAAGUGAAGUUUUUUGAGGAAUUCAAUUUACGGAAGAACCGUCAAAUCAAUUCUGCUCAUCAAAACGUUUUUGGGGCUUUUUGAAAUGACAUUUGGGCUAAUAUAUGCUAGCCUCAGCUUGCCCAAAUGGCAAGCUGUGAAAAAUGACUUUCUUUGCACCCUGGGAAGAUUGUUGAUAAGAAGUCAUGGAAGGUCAGGUCUACUAGUUUGGAGAGUAGUAAUCAUCAUCUCCUUGCACUUCUUCAGGUGUAGGUUCAUCUUUCUUGUGAUGAACACUGAGAGGUGAUGUCAAGAUUGGAUUGCAGGGAAGAUGUAACACCCACUGUGACAACCUCUGAUAUUGUUAGGUCGUCAACAUACUUCCAGUGACUGGAGCUUAGGGGACAUUGACUGUUAAAUCAUGGAUCAUAAUUGAACUGAAUAAGCCUUUGCAUUAGUUGAUCACAUGAUCAACUUUCAGUAAACAUGAAAACAGUUCGCUUUUGAAAAAUGUUGUUAGUACAAGCUGAAAGAGCAUAUUAAAAUUAGGUAGCCUGUAAAUUUUCAGCUGUAUAUCUCAAAAGUAGCGAUUGCAACAGCCACAGAGUAGAUUCAGAAAAACUAUCUUUGAAAAACUCAAAACUUUACAAAGAACAUAUGGGCUGACAAACAUUUUUGCCACCCAGCAAUUUUGCAGUUUUCGAUGGCUGCUGUUCUGAUCCUUUGUUAUUGCUUGCAAAGUGCUGAAAAUUGCUCAAAAUUAACCAACUCUUUUCAACUUGUGAAUUUAAUUUGUGCAUACAGUGAUGUCUUCUUUGGGUUAACUGGUAUGCUAAUGAGCAAAAAUAUAAACAAUGAUGUCAGCAAAGAUUUGCCUAUUGCUUUAACAAAUGUCAACAUUCUUUACUGGUGGUGACAGAUAUAUGUUGUUUCACUGUGAACCAUAAAGUGAUCAUGUAUCAUAUUCUAUCCCCUUAAUUUUGGGAUUCUAGUUCCAUUUUGCCAUGUUAAAUAACAUCCUAAAUUUUAGAACAAUUUUAUGCCGGGUUUUUGACAGUUUUUUUAAGUGGUGGACGUAUUUCUGAAAACACUGGAUGCAAAAUUUUUUGACACUGCCAGAUGCCUUGCAAGUGCCAAAGGCAGGAACUUCUAAGGGGGGUCUGGGGGCUGAUCCCCUCAGGAAAUUUUUAAAAUAGAACACUCCAAAAUGAUGUUUCCAGUGUUUCUGGAACACAAGAGUCAGUUUCCCAGUCAUAUUCUAAGAAAUGACGAGUUAAACAAUUUAUUUGAAUUCAUCAUUUAUAUAAAUAUCGUACUGCAGGCAUUUUUCUAAGGCUUGAAAAAUCCGUAAUUCUGUGACGCCCAUUUCGCCUCUCUCUCAUGAGUUGAAGAGCUCCAAAUUCAAAUAAUUAUUGGCUUCAAAGUACCGGACAUAGAAUAGCAAAUGACCAGACGAAACAUCCUUCCUCUGGCUUCAAACGAAACCCCUGACUUUUAUGAAUCAGUCCCCUCCUUUUAGCCGUCACCUGGCUAUUUCCCAAGAAUGAGUGACCACAAGGUUUGGAUGUAGUUUGUUGAGUUAACAGAAAUAUAUGUAGUUUACAAUUCUAAUUACAACCAGACUUAAUUUCCUAGAGUUCUAUGGUCAAGGUGUACAUGUAUUUGUACUCCAGAAGACCAGUUUUCUACAGUUGUUACAUACUCAAGAAAAUGUAUACUCUUCCUUAAUUGUAAAUAUAAAUCUAAAAUACAGUAAAAUUCUUAUGCUUGAUGAUUCUACUUGUCUUUUUGUACAGGAGAACAAAUGAUGGUGGUGAUGUACAGAGGCGACAUCCCAGACAGUCAUCUGCUCGGCAGAGACCUGUUAGCACUGGAGCUUUAGGAACAGCUUCUGUAAAUACUCCUCAGAGUUCAUCCCAAGGAAGUAACACCAGAAAUAGUGUAACAACAUCUACCCCACCUGCUUCUCAUCCACCACACCCCCAGACACAAUCAGCUCAACCAGGUACAGUCUUUUAAGGAGUCUUUUUUGCUGUGCUGUAAAAUGAUAAUCUUUUAAAACCCUUGAUUUUUAGCUCACAUUUAUAUCAUUAACUUAUUCUGUGGGCAUUAUGAAGAUGAUGAUGUUAUUCACAUUAAGUGUUUAUGCACUUGUAUAAAUUCUGCAUACAACUUUAUGAAAAAUUAUCAUUAAAUUUUCACAUCUAAAAAAAUCAAAGAAAGCUGUACUUUACUGUAAGUUGAACCGUGUAUUUAUUAUUGACUAGUUUGAACUUAAGCCAUAAGGAAAUGCCAAGAAUGAUCCUCCCUGUACAUGUAACUGAUGUCAAGAUAAUUGUUGACAAUGUAACAGAAGAUUGUUUUUUUUAACAGGAAAUAAUUUGAAUGCCUCACCAUCAGCAAGGCAAAGACAAGGAAAUGAGGAACCACUACCUCCAGGGUCGGUCAACACUGUUUGUAGUAUCAAAUCACUCACAUAACUAUCAAAUGCUCUCAUAUUUAUUCCAAAAAAAAAAUGACACCUGCAUUGUUAAAAAAAAAAACUUUUUUAUUAACUGUUUGUUUUCUUAGGUGGGAGCAGCGUGUAGACCCUCACAGCAGAAUUUACUAUGUUGAUCACAAUACACGUACAACUGCAUGGGAAAGACCUCAACCCUUACCACCAGGGUAAGUUGAAUAAAGAACUGCUGGUGAUUAAGCUUUUUUGGCAUGCAACAGAGGCAGUUGGUAAUGUGGUAUACCAACCAGUUGUAGUUCUUACCUUUAUAAACUAGUUGUGUUCCUUUAGAAACAUUUGUGACCUCCCACGGGAAGACAUACCUAACAGCUUUCCAUUUUCAAAUGGCUUUCUGUUUACAAGCCGUUUGUAAACCAUUCUAACAAAAGGCAACAAAGGCUUGGUCACCCAUUUGCUGGAAACAUCAACCCGUUCGAACGGCUUUGUCACCUGUUUGUUGGAAACAUCAACCUAUUCGAACUACUUGGUCACCCGUUUGUUGACGGCAUCAGGUUGAAUGAACGACCUGGUCACCUGUUUGUUGAAGACAUCAGGCUGAUUGAACGGCUUGGUCAGCCGUAUACUAUCAUGGCAUCCCUUCAAAUUUUCUGUUGAAUGACAUGGAAGACAAGUAACGCUAUACGUUCAAAAUCUUUCACUUGUUCAAGUGGUCAAUUAAUUCAAUAUUUAAAAAAUCUGUUUGACUUCAUUGGCACAAGUUUGUCGGCUUUAAACUCUUUUUUUGGCCUUAUUAAAACAACGUGCUUACACUAGCGAUCGAUUCCUUAUCAGACGAAAAAUCUAAGCUGAAGAUAUCCUAUGUGAAGAAACAUUUUAAAAGAAACCCUCCAAACACUUUUGCUUGCCACAUGUUCGUCAGUUUUUUGCUCGCGGUCGCACGAAUCACCAGAGGAAGGAAAUACUGUGGGUAAUAACAAGAACGUCAGAUUCUAGUAGUUGUGCCCGAGCAGGACUUGGGAUAUUGUCAUUUUGGCAGACGAUUUUUUUGUUGAGAGUUGGAAGCAACUUGAGAAUGAAGAGAAAAAGUUCCACAUUACUCAUUUGUAAUUUGUUCGUAUUGAAACCAAUUCCCAGCGGGUCGAAUUUCAAGCAAAAUUUGCGGGAAGUUGUUUAUGUGAGCGCUAUGCAUUUUUUUUUAAGAAGCUUUCAACAGAGUCGGGGGGGUUUUCUGAUGUAGUUUUUAAAUCAAAGAAAGCCUAUCAUCUACUCGUGGGAACGUUGUUUAGAAAAUGAUCAAAUGGUUAUCAACUGUGGUUUUCCCACAGUAAAUUGUAGGAAAUGAUAGAAAUUCAGAUUGUUUACCCAUGUACAAUAUAUUUUUAAUAUACUAUCUUUGCUCUGGAAACACAAUACUUUUCUUUUUGUUUAUUGCACUUUAUUAAAUAAUAGUUAUUUAGGUACAUGUUUAUAGAAAAACAACAAAACAAAUAAGCAAACAAAACAAGCCAGAAACGGGGAAAAAAGAAAGAAAGAAGAUAAAAAAAGAAUGGUAAAAAAAUCACAUCCAUUUUCGGCCCAUACAGGUUCUUAAGAAUAGCAUGGCAUGACAUUUUCUUACUUUCAGAUCACUUUUCAGCAAGCUGGAAUUUGUAUAUCCCCCAUGAUCUUUCAGAGUCAGAAGAGUAAUUGCUCAUUUUCUUGUCAAGUUUAACGCCUGGACGAGUCAAAGGCUCUUGAAAUCCAAUCCCCAAGUUAACCAUCGUACUCAUUUGAAAGACUCCUACCUGUCUUAAAUUUGGUAAGAUCUCUAACCGUGCUGUAGAAAAUUUGCGACAAAGAAAACUCUGAGGCUGACAUGAGUCUGAGCAGCGAACGCCGAACAAUGCACGCUGUCAGCGAAGAAUUUGAUCCCACCGAACUUCGGAGAGCGCGUGCUUCUUUGGAAGCAAUAGAUCUUUGCACUCUCGAGUUCGGACCCGAUUAAUUACGAAGUCCAUCUACUACGAGUGAGCGAGUGACUCAUUUGCAUAUCUCUGUCCCUGCAAUAACUCGUGGUAUGCUCGCGCAUCGCCACGAGUUAAAAAUUACAGUCUCAAAUAGAGAUGUGUGUUAGCAAACAGUUGUUAUUGUCGAUAUGAUGCAAUAGAAGUUUCAUUCCAGGAAAAACUGGAUGGCCUGUUGUGAGAGAUAAUCGUCAGUGUAAGCUGUUUAGUCGUUUGGGGAACCCGUUUGGAAAUUUUGAUGGGUCGUUCGAACGUGUAAGUAAGCCGUUCGCCUGUUCAUGUUAGCGGUUCAAAAAACUUAAUAACCUGUUAAGUCGUUUGAUAAACCCAUUUGAAGGAGUGAGUGAGCCAUUAGCUUGUUCUUGUUAGCUGUUUGAAAAAAAUGGCUACAUUUUUACCUGUUCAGCCAUUUGAUGAACCUGUUCGAACGGGUGAAUGAGCUGUUUGCAACCCGCUUGGAAGCCGUGUGUUUCACCCAUUUAUUGGGAAGCCGUUAGGUACGUCUUCCUUUGUGAGGUCACAUUUGCUUUGGAUUGAAUGAUUGAAAGCUUUUUAAAUAGCUGAGUAUGAUCUGCUCAGCUGUCCUUCCCUCUUGCCCAGAGACCCAAAAUCUGAAAAUGUGCUGUGUAAAGAUUUGGUUUUGUGAGUUAACCUCUCGCAGCAAUUGAUUGCAAGGAACUAUUAUAAAAAUAUAGUGUAUUAUGGCUAGUAAACGCAAGAAGCUCAUUAAAACAUAAUUUUUUUUAGGUGGGAAAGGAGAACCGACUCAAGGGGAAGAACUUAUUAUGUAGAUCACAACACAAGAACUACAACAUGGCAACGGCCGACUGCAGAAACAGUUAGAAACUAUGAAAACUGGCAAAUGCAGCAUCGAGCUCUCAUUAACACAGAGCGUCAGAACUUCCAACAGAGAUUUCUUAUCCCAGUUAGUAGUGGUAUUGUGGUUAAAAUGGACUUAGAUUGCUGACGCAAUUUUUUUUUUUUUGUAUCGUUGUUGUUGUUGUUGACAUACUGCUUUGUUAUUUUCAAUGAAACAAAGUUUUCUUGGCCAUUUUUUUAUAUUAUUAUAGCUAAUACAAGGUGAACUUCUGUUCUCUGUGGCAUCCAUGAACUUGCCAUUCCCAGCCGACAAGCUUUCUUAAAUUGGUUGGGUAAAAAGGCAAUAUUUCUGACGUCAGAGGGUGAUGGUGCAAUGUUACAUGUACCUACCAAUGUUGACUGCUUCCUGUGAUCUGCUUUCAUAAAAUUGUACUUCUUGAAGUUUUCUUCUAGGGCUAUUAGUAGUGGUAACAGGAUUGAGUGGAGUCCAAUUCAGUUUGUAGUCAUACUCAUGAUUAACAAAAUGGGAUGGAUGACAGUGUAGCGGGAGUCCGAUUAGUUUAAUCAUGAGUGUGAUUACAGACUAAAUUGGACAACGCGAAGUUCUGUCACCAAUUAAUCAUAACUUUAACAAAAUUUGUGAUAUACAAGGCUCUUUUUUAAAAUCAAAACACAAGAAAUUUUGCCAAGAUUUGUUUUUUUGCUGGCUGUGAAAAAAGCCAUUUAAGCACGUGUGUUAUAGCGCGUCCUGUCUAAUUACUUAGGCAUGAUAAGUACUGUCCCAUUAAACUGUCCUAUUAAGGCUGAAGUCAGGGCAGUUGAUAACCCAUCAGAUUUGAGAAUUUGUUAUAGUUAUGAUUAUAUAGCAAAUCACGUAAUGAGAAACUAGUUAAUUUUGUUUCCUGGAGAAUCUUAGUGUUUCCCUCAGCCCCAGGAAACUCUGAGAUUCUUGGAGAACAAAAUUAACUGUUUCUGUUGGGACUAGUUGUUAAAUUGCCACUAAUUGAAACAAAACUGAGUUUUGCACAGAGAAAUGCAAAAAAAACAAGAUUAAAUACUGUCAGAUCAAACUAGCAUACAGAGGAACGUUAAAGACAAAACAAUGUUGUAUAAACAAUCUGAUGCAAAAAGGUUAAGAUAAGGAAAGCAAGGGGGGUUCAAGCAAGCAAAUCACAACUAAACAAACUUCUAGUCCUCCAGAAACGUGCUCUUCGCUUUAUCCACUUUGCUAAACCACUUGAUCAUGCCAUUCCUCUCUUUAUCAAUACAAAGAUAUUACCAAUUAACUUUGUCUAUUAUCAGCUACUAGCAGAAACAAUGUCUGACGUGAGCAACAACUUAGUACCUACAAACAUUCAGGAAUUGUUCCUUCCACUUUCUGGUGUACAUUCAUACAGCACUAGGUCGUCAACAUCUCAAAACUUUUAUAUAAAAAAAUCGAAUCUUGAAAUCCAAAAAAAAAUUUUUUUUCGUGACUUGGUGCAAAUUUAUUGAAUGAGAUACCGACCAAGUUGCGCACACUUUCAAAACACAAAUUCAAAUUUAAUAUUCAUGCAUCAUUGCUUGAUAUAUUAGAGACUGGGGAUACUUAUUAUGAAAUAGAUGAAAUUAUUCAUAAAAUGAAGAAAGCAGAACCAAUUUUUUUGUAAUCCUACCUAUAAAAACAGUGAGCUAAUGUUUUGUUUUCCUUUCAUCCUUAGAGUUUUAAAUGCAUCUUUUACAUAUGUUUUUCUUUGUCAGAUUGUAAUUUUUGCAAUUAGUUAAUUGCUCCAUAUUUUUUUUGAAAACUGAUGAAUCUCUCUUGCUUUCUACUUUUUUUUUCUUUACCUUAAUUUAAUUGCAGUUAUUUUCUUUUCGUAUCAUUCCUAGCCUGCCUAGACUAGCUACAGCUAUUUGCGGUGCCAGGACACUUGUAAAAAUAUUCUCUAGAAAAUUUAUAAUAAAGUCUUGGAGUCUUGAAGUCUUGGAAAGAAAAAGAAAUAGUCCCAUACCAUUCAGCUAAAAAUUUAGAGUAAGGUUGUGUCUCUUUGCUUAAGUGGUAAAUUUCAUGUUACAAUGUUUCAAAUUUUGGCAAGAAUAUUUCUACUUCAUAUUUUGAGUUGUUACAGUAUACAUUUCAGUUUCUUGUGGCAGGUUAGGGUUAGCCUUGUUUGGAUCAUUAUUUAUCAAGAACACUGGUUUUUUUUAUUAAUAAAACAUUUUUUUAGUAAUGUAUUAUUUUGUGAUUCAUAUUUGUGAAGUAAGAUUGCGUUGCUUUAGCAGAAUGCUGGUGCACCAGCAGAGGCAGAUCCCCUUGGACCUCUACCAGCUGGCUGGGGUAAGUACUCUUUUUGCCUAUGAUAAUAUUGUGUUGUGUCAGAAAAUAUCCAUACCACCCCCGUGGAAGGGAUUUACCCCAUGUCUUCCCUCUGGAUCUUAUAAAAGCGGCCCAAAAGUGUACGAAUUUUGGAAUUUCCAAAAUUUUGGCAUACCGCCUUGAAAUAUUCCCAUUUGUAAAAGCAGUGCUUUUACAAAGAUGCCAGAUUUGUUGUAUUUUCUGUAAGCACAUACAACAGAUCAGCAAUAUAGUAAUUCCUAGUGUGACAAGGUGAACAAAUUGUUCAAAUCAAAACAAGUCUCGGUAAUGCUCUGAAUUGUGAGUCUCCAAUUUCAUUUUGGUUUUGUCAUGCAAAUUGUGCAAAGUUUGGGCUUGCAUAUUUGAUGAUGGAAAAGAUUCAUGAUACAGAUAACUUCUUGAGAUUAAAAAAAAUUCAAGUGCAGAGAAGAGGUAACUACCCGGUAAUAGAAUUAAUAUUUUUUUAGAGAAGAUCAGACAUGGCAGACUUCAUUCACAUGCCAGGCAACAAAAAAUGCUUGUGGGAAUCAUAGCCUCAGAAAACAGCUGACAUUUGGUGACUCUACCACUCAGUAGUUUCCCCGUCAAAUGACGUCUGAGAAACGAAUCCAGGAAUUCCAUACUGAUGACACGCCACUACCCAGAUCUCGGUAGUGCUUCUGAUUGGUCGUGCCGCGUGGGAAAUUUGAUUCAACCAAUCAGAGGCACUACCCAGAGCUGGGUAGUGACGCGUCAUCAGUAUGGAAUUUCUGCGCUAAUUUCUCAGACAUCGUUUGGCAGGGAAACCAGUGGUAGAGUCGCCAAAUGUCGGCUGUUUUCUCAGGCUACGGAAAUCAACGUUCAUUUCCAACCAAAAACUAAACGUGUUAUCUUUCAACUCAAUUCUAUAGUAUUAAAAGCAGAAAUAAAAAUAUUAUAGACAAGCCUAAGGGAAAAUAUCAGUUCCAAAAGAUUAAAAUUCAGCUUUUAUUUGGGUUAUUCCCAGCGGAUCAAAUUUCGACACAAAUUUGCUUGACACUGUCUAUCAGAAGUUCACAAACCAAAUCAAAAAACAUAGGCACGUUAAACGUGCAUGGGCUAUUUUGAAUGCUUCAGUGUAACUUCAAUGCUUCGUUGUAACCUUACCAAGAGUGAUGAAUCUACCUUUUUCAUCCUUAAUGUAGAUUGGGUUUUUGUGCGAAAUUGGGUAUUGCGGUACAUAAAUGAAAAUGCGAAACACUCAGCUGAGUUGAUCCUCAAGCUAUAUAUUCACUUUCCUCUGUCUUUCCCUGUUACAUCUGGUGCAAGUUAAACAAAUUGUUAACGUAAAAUAAAUUUCUACUCACCAAACGUUGAUUAGAAGGAAAACUCUAAGGUUUCCUCAGAGUUUUUUUAAGCCAAAUUGUGACUCAUCAAAUACUGAAUACAACUCCGACAACUUAUUUCUUCAUGUUUUAAAAGCUAUUGCUUCUUAAAAGGCAAGAGCCUUUUUUAAGGCAUUGGUUACAAAACGAAACAGGUCUUCAUAUGUCCAAGUUACCAUUUAUCAUUGUGAAAAGCCAAUCUGCAUGAGAUGUACUGUCACACAGCUGGCAUGUGAAAGUGUUAGACUUUGCCCCCCUUCGUGGUUCGUACAUGUGGGAAUUCGAGUUAUCACACAGUAAACUAGUAAACAGAAUUAUAGAAAUAACUCAUGCACACAAUUUGCAUGCGAAGAUGUUGGUCUUUGGCCCCUUUACAAUUCGUACGUAAAAAAAAAAGCAAAUUGUUUCCUACAAAAUUUUCUCAAACGAUUUUAAGAAAUCACCUCGGCUUCAUUACAACAUCUGCAAUUAAAUUAUGUUUCAUACAACGUCAAGGUUGAUAACCUAACAUUUAUUAACAUUUGUGAAACAGUCUUUAACUCCGACAACUUAUUUGUUCAUGUUUUAAAAGCUACUGCUUCUUGAAAGGCAAGAGCCUUUUUUAAGGCAUUGGUUACUAAACAAAACAGGUCUUCAUACGUCCAAGUUGCUAUUAUUACUGUGAAAAGCCAAUCAGCAUGAGAUGUACUGUCACACAGCGGGCACAUGAAAGUGUUGGACUUUGCCCCCUUUCGUGGUUCGUACGUGAGGGAAUUCGAAUUAUCACACAGUAAUCUAGUAAACAGAAUUAUAUGAAUAACUCAUGGACACCAUUUGUAUGUGAAGAUGUUGGUCUUUGGCGCUUUUACAAUUCGUACGUAAAAAAAAGGUAAAUUGUUUUUCUACAAAAUUGUCUCAAACGAUUUUAAGAAAUCACCUCGGCUUUAUUACAACAUCUGCAACAUUUCAUGCAACGUCAAGGUUGAUAGCCUAACAUUUAUUAACUUCCAAGAAAAUUAUCAAACUGCCGAAAUAUAUUUCUACUUAUAUCAUGUUACUCCACUCAAUACAACAGUAUCUAAUUAUUGUGUCAGCUAGCUUGUUCCAAUUUUAUUCCCUAACGCUACUGAUUCUACUUAAGUUACGCAUCUUUACUAAAUAAUAUACGUUUUAGUAACUAUAAUACUUAGUAUGCAGGAAGAUGCAGGAAGGAUGUAUCAUGUUGUUCACUUAUUAUUCUUUUUUUUGUUUGUUUUGCCAGAACGAAAAAGGUCUGUUGAACUUUGUAAGCGAGAGAAUAAUAUUUUUAAAGCUUGUUUCAGGAUUAACAAUACUCAGUACAGCUUUCAAAAAAAUAAGCUGCCUUUUAAACUUCUAAAACCACAUUUGGAAUUAAAGUCUAUAUCUAAAUAUCAAUUGUUGCUUCAUUGGAAGAGCUUUGAAAAUAUAUGAUCUUUUAUACUCUACCCAGUUGUAGCAGGUGAAACAGAACUCAUACUGACAUGCGUUGCACCGAUAGCCGAAUUAGGUCAGAAAUGCCUUGAAGCAGCAUCCACACUAAAAUAUGAACCCUUAAACAGCUGCAUCACUGUACACAGCGUUUGAAUCAUGAAGAUAUUGAAUGUAAUUCUUCCAAAGACCUGUAGCCGUAAUAAAAGACGAAAAAAUUGUGAAGGAUCAAGAUGGCGGUCUCAAAGUGCCCUUGUUCGACCUUUACCAAUGCCAUAUUUAAAUGGAUGCCAAGAUCUCAUUGGUUCCUAAGCAUCAACUCAUAGUACCUUCAACCUUAUUGGCUCUUGCAACAAACAUCCCAACAUACAAAGCCACAAAGAUACAUAUGCUUACACCACUGACAUAUGAGCUAUUUUUUCAAAAUAGCUCAAUAAAUGCCCAGAAGGUGAAUUUCGGAAAUGACCUUGUACAAUUAACUUAAAUGUUCACUUAACCCACUCAUUUAUUUAACCUUGGAAUUCCAAAAGUAGGAUAACCAGCAAAACGUUCAGGGUCAUUUCACCUGCCUGAAAUUACCUGUUUCACACUUACCUUUCCUCCGUCUUUUUACUGAGCUGCUUCACCAUAGACAUCCAUGUAACUGGAAACAAGAAGAGUUGAUCUAAAUUGACUUACAACCAUUGAUUCACUUUGACAAACCGUUAAAACCAACUGUUGGUACCAAAAGUAAUUUCAUAUUGCACAUUUGAAGUUCAGGUUUUUGAAAGUUAGAAUGUUGGUACUAUGUUGAUAGGCAAAGAACAGCUUUUGGUUAACCCUCUGUUUUCUAAUGUUUCACAGAUUUUGGUUAGCAUACUCGUUCCAAGAUAAAGUCACAAUGUUGUCUUGGUCAAUAUUUGUGUUGUUUCGCUGCAAUCUCAUUCCCAGGUUCUCUCUUCUACCUGUCAAGAGACCCUGGUUGGGUCUGGCCAUGUGUCUCCCAGAAUCUGGGAGAUUACAAACAAAAGAUUUUUUUGGAGGGGCAGAUAAGUGUGAGGUUUUUCUCUGCAGGGCAUAGACUGGUCAGUGGAAAGUGCAGCCAUGAAACUGUGUACCUGACCUGACCUCAAAUGCCGAAAGUAAUUCUAAAAUUCUUUCACAGCAAAAUCAUAUCUUCCUGCAGAAUAUCUGGAUGUUAAUCAGAUGUUAAUCUUUUGGGGACGUUUUCAUUUGGUACAUGCAGAGGGAAUUGAGGAUUCACAGCUUGUGCAGUAAAAAAUAAUUUAGGUAGUAGUAUUCAUACCGAAAUGCACUAGAUUGGAAUUGCCAUUUCUAUGUUGUGGAGGCCACAUGUAUGUGUUUUCAAGACUAUGAUUAUGCAGUUUGAAAGGGUGCCAAUAAGGUGUAUCAAAAAUAGAUUUUAAAAACGGGUUGAAGCAACAGGAAGCUAAGAGAGAUUACUCCAUCCAGACACAGGUUGAUUGUUCAAAUGAAGAGGUAAACAGAAUCUCGAAAGAGUUCAUUUUUAGCUAUGGUUAUGCCUCUUUCAGUUUUUUUGUCAUCCUUUAAAAUCAGCAGGAUAGCCGUGAGCGUCUUUGUUAAAAAUCAUGGCGUGCACGACUGACAACCGUUUAUUGUUCCUUACCGGUAUUUAAUUUUCCUGAGGUUCUGGUAUGCUGUAGAGGAUUUUCAGAAAUCACCAAGCCACGUGUGUUUUUUAAUUAAGUCUUCAUAUGGACCAUAUAUAAGAAAGCCUUUCACUUGGAAGGUUAUGUUGUUCGUUUUUUCUUAAUUUGUCUCUGUUUAUACUAUUUCAUGUUGUCUUCUGUGUGUGUUGUGGUCAUCCAUCAGUUUGCAUUUUUAUGCACGUACUACUGGUAUAUAAUUUUUUAUCUCUUUUUACCUCUAAAAGCGAUACGUUUUUUAUUGCCUCAUCAUAAAGAAGGUUAGGGGAUAGAGAAAGCCGACAUUUCAGACCAUAGCUUCCAUAAAGUCACUAGAUCUAAAAUAUUAUUUUGACCCUGAAUGAAAAAAUGAAUUCCCUGCUCUCAAUGUAACUGCUAUGUUUUGUCACUAAGUCACUAAGACCACCAAUGGUGUAGGUUUUGCAUAACUUUCAACUCGACAUCAACAUACAGGGAUUUCCCUUCAAGAAAUUAACAUGCUUGUGUAGAACUUUAGCGAUUGGUUUCAUCAGUGAAACUGUGACAAUGCGAGUUUUUUAUUCCUUCUCUGGUUAUUCACUUGUUUAUCUAGUUUAUCCAGUAGGGUUAGCAACUCUAUAUUACUCUUGCGAUCAUUGCGCAAACGGUGAAAAUGAGCCAACCAAAAAAUUGAGAGACAAAGAAAUCUUCCCUCAGAAUUAAUUUUGUCCUGGAGUCGCGUGACCAGUUCCAACCAGGAUCUGUCUCUCUCUGUCUCUCUCUCUCUCUUGCUCUAUAGGGACAGGUAGGAGAGAACCCUGGGAAUGAAGUUUGUUUUGUUGUUAAUUUUUUACAUAUCAUGAACAUCUCUGGAAAUGAUAUAUCUUUUUAGUACACCUCCUCCCCCAUGGAAAUUUGACCUCUUCCUUGGGGGUGGUGUGGAUAUUUUCUAGAUGUAUGCAUUGUGACCACCAAGUCACUAACAUCUCAUCACAUGGCAGCUCUUUCCUGCUCACACUUAUUUGUUAUCAAUUCAACCAACCAACAAAAAGUUCAGUUCAACGUUGCUUGUCAUGUAGGCAAUUCCCUUGACUGUCAGCUAAAGCAAUUGAAUUAAUGUUUCUGUAGAAAAAAGAGUGGAAGCCAAUGGAAGAGUUUACUUUGUCAAUCAUAACACACGUGCUACCCAAUGGGAAGAUCCUCGCACUCAAGUGUAAGUAUUGGUACAAAGAUGACAUCCCAGACAGUGCUCCAAAGUAAAGUGUUAGGUGUGGUCACACACAUCAAGACAUAUGCAAUUGCCCCUAACCCCCCACCCUCCCCCCCCGCUGCCAAACAUACACACACACACAUUAAAAAAUGUUGUAGUAACACGUUCUUUUAGUUUACCGUGAUAACAUGUGGUUGGACACGAGUUAAUAAUAAAUAAAAAAAGGUUUGGUCAAUAUGAAUGCUAAGUGGAAAAAUCAGGACAAAAAUUACUUUGCUAGAAAAUGGCAACAUAGGAGUAUUAAUGCAUAUUUUUUAAAAACUUUUUGCUAAAUUCAUCUAAAUUUUCACAAUUUAUUAUUUUUUUUCACAAUUUAUUUCCAUAAUUUAAUGUGCUCAUUUGUUUGUUAGCAUGGUUGGCUCAGACUCACCUCUUCCCAGUGGCUGGGAGAUGAGAUACACAAAUGAAGGCAUUCCUUACUUUGUGGAUCAUAACACUCGAACAACUACUUUCAGUGAUCCAAGAACAGGAAUUGCUCUUGGGUAAGUAAUUGGUCUUUGUUUGUUUGUUUGUUUGUUUUUUUUUAAGUACUUUAUUAAGAAAUAAAACUCUUGCACAGUAGUUUCUUUAGUUUUAUGAUUUAAUGGAACUGUUGUACAAGUUUGAUGGCAAUUUGCCUUUUUUCUGUUUUUUUUUUUUGUAUACCAUGCAGCAUGAAAGGUGCUGCUGGUGGUCCCGCUUAUGAAAGAAGCUUCAGAUGGAAAAUUGGACAGUUCAGACAUCUAUGCCAGGUAUUUGUAUUCUUUCGAACUAUAGAGUUACUGUGAUCCCUCUAUUCCCACACCAAGUCCAGUUUUGUGUGCAUUUUUAUGUUGAUGAAGUUUAUUACAAAUUUUUGUGAUCAAACCACCUUGCAAAGAAAGUAGUGUCUGGUAGCCCAGGGCUUUUGGGGUUUGCUACCAGGCUAGUGAAAUCUGUUCUUAACUUGCCCAGCAAGUGCCCGGCAAGUGAAUUUUUGUUGUUGUUGUUGUUGUGUUGUUGUUGUUUUUUUGGGGGGGGGAGAUUCAAAUGACAGAAGAGCUGUAUUCAGUGAUGUUGAUCAAAAAAUAUAAAAUAUUUACAUGCUAACCACAGCUUCCCUGAGUGGCAAGCUGUAAAACUGACUUUCUUUGCACCCCGGGGCUGAUGUUAAUGAAGUGUUGUGAACAGCUCCUAAAACAUCCCCAGAGUUUUUCAUUUGAAUAGGAUUGCUAAAUAAUGCAUUUCCCUUUUUAAAACGUGUUGAUUGAAAAAUGACAAACCAAAGCUGGCAAAGUAAGAAAUGUUGGGCAGAAAUAUUCAUCCUAAAUCAAACUGCAACACAACAUAAUGGGCAUUGAUAAUUUUUCUGGAAUUGCAAUUUGGUAAGAAUUUGACUGUGACUCAUUUCGCUAUGCCAUUCUUGAAAUGGUAACAGUUGUAUGUCUUUAAGAAAACUUUGUAUUUUAUUUAAGAACAAGUUCUGGCUGGCUGACAGAUUUUUUGUUUGUUCAAGGAUGAACAAAAAAAAUUAACAAAACUGUACCAAAGACUGUAUUUUCCCUGGGACUGAAUUCAAAGCCUUCUCCUGAUUUUUCAGUUGGCCAAGUUUUACCGGGUGUAAAAGUCCUUACAUAUGAUCAAAUUCAUAAAAGAAAAGGGGCAAUAUACUUUCUGAAUAUUAACAAGUUUUUGAAGUGUAUACAACUAACUCAUUAUAAUAAAGUUUUUUUAAAAUUUCAGCCCUCUAAUAGUUCUUAGUUCUGAACUGUCAACCCUUUCAACAUGAGCGCCAAGUUGUGAGUUUGUGAGGUUAUAUAUCCUCACAGAUGACCGUUUUAUGUUUGAUAAUAAUAAUUAUUAACUGUGCUAUUGUUUCCUUUCCAGUCCAAUGCUCUUCCAAGCCAUAUAAAAAUAACAGUCAACAGGACCAACAUUUUUGAGGAUUCUUUUCAGCAGGUUGGUGUUCAAUCUCACCAUGUAAUGACAGGGAAAUUAGGGCAGCUGGAAAGUGCAGCUGCUGUCACAAUUGAAAAUCGUAUCUAUUUCGCAUGUCAACUUGCAAUAAAAUAAAAAAUGAUAAUAAUAAUGAUAAACCCAAGGCUGUCAUUAAGCGGCGGAGCCGGGGUUUUCACCCAGCUACCAUGAACGUGGCUCCCGGCUACUUUCAUGUAAAAAAAAUGGAAGAAAAAUAGAACCAAAAGAAAUCCUUAGUUGCUUUAUUCCCCGCCCAUUUGUUGUAUUUACCCGGCAAUUUGAAAUCUUAGUGACAUCUCUGCAAACCAGCAUUAGUGUCCUUACUGAGGACCUUAUGCUGUUAGUGCGUAAAGUAUUUUACUAAGAGAGACCACAUACAAUAAUGAAUUAAAGUACGCAGAUGGGAUAUAUCUGUGGAAACAUUUUGUUUAAAAUUUCAAAUAUAACCUUUAUACUUUAUUUACUCUUAGCAAUAUUUUUCUUGACUUGUUGACAGUGAUCAACCUAGAUUUGCAUAAUGCAUUUUUCAGGUUUCUGUAAUGUUUACUCUAAUUGUCUUUAAUAUCCUAUCGCUGUUUUUCAUAUGUACAAGCUAUUGGGAUUAUUUUUGGCGGCUUUUAAAAAAACAGUUUCAGCAAUAGAAGUUACUUAUUUAUUGCCCUUUUUCUCAAUAAUUUGUAGAAAGUAUAAUUCAAGUUUUAGUUGGCUUUCCUAGAAAAUAUUAUUUAAAACUAUUGGCAUCAUUUUUUCCUAUCUUACUAUUAGUUAUCAUAGAAUGUAUAUUUAAGAUGUUUCUCAAAAAUGGAUGUAAGUUAAGGUGAUUGCCUUUUGUUGUCUGACAAGACUGAAGGUGACAAUAAUUUUGUUUAAAAAUUUUAGGGAAUGCAGACUUGAGAAAAACUCACACACAUUAAACUAACCACCACUUUGGUGGCCCAAGGUGAACUGCUACUGAACACUGAUUGUUCUGCUUUUGUUUUCGUUACCAGGUCAUGAGAUAUGCUCCACAUGACCUGCGUCGUAGGCUUUAUAUUAUCUUUAAAGGAGAGGAAGGCUUGGACUACGGUGGUGUUGCAAGGUAAGCUUUGCUUUGUUUGCACAAGGGUGUGAUAGGAAUGGAAAAUUGCAGUGGAUAACCAGUUUUGGUUGUAAACUCAACAGUAGGUGUUGUAAUUUUUUUUCUUUCAGAGAGUGGUUCUUUCUCCUUUCUCACGAAGUGCUCAAUCCAAUGUACUGCUUGUUUGAAUAUGCCAACAAGAGUAAUUACAGUCUUCAAAUCAAUCCAGGUAUGUAUGCCUGAAUAAGGAACUUUGAUUUUAGUGUUGUGUAAACAAGAAUAGUUAACUACCUGUAAUACUACUGUACAUGUACAUUGGUAAAGAAUAUUUUUUCCUAUUGACUUUCUCAUGCUGUCCAGAGCAUGGCUAUGAAAUCUUGAAAACACUUAACAAAAGCUGCCUGGUUAGAACAAGCAAGUCAUAGCAUCCUAGUUGUUAUUAUGUUGAACUGUUGCCUUGUUAUUGUUGCCAGCUUACAGUGUGUGAUAGAAAGUAACUGCCACUGAUACAACCUAUAAGUAUGACCCCGGAGUAGUCAAUCGAUAAAAAUCGGUAUUGAUUUAUCAAUCAAAAAAUCAAUAAAAUCGGUAAAUCUGAUAUGAUUGAUAUAGAUGGUAUCGAUCAAUCAGUAGAAAUCGAUGACACACUCGUUUCGUUCAUCGAUUUAUCUUGAUUUUUACCAAUUUCUUCCAUUUAUAUCGGAAAAUACAUCAGUUCAUCUGUUCAUCAAAAAAUGAAAACUGAAUUCAUGCAAACAGUAAAUUUGUUGACAACUAAGUUGCAAUUGAGAGUCGAAACAAUUACCCUCACUUUUUUAAAGAAAUAAUCUUUAGAAAAAUUCUUAUCUUUUCUUUAAAACCAGGUUUAAAAUCGUCUUCUGAUGGCUGAUAUUGGCCAGGUUUAAAGGCGCCCAGUUUUUCACAAUUUAGACUUGUCUUUUUUUCAAAAUAACGUCGGUGUAGUUCCGGGUGUAGUUACAUCCCAGACUAGCUAAUAGAUAACAAUCGAAGUCGAUGGAAAUCGUUAGCAAUCAAGUAAUUUUUAUCGAUUGUUAACGGAAAAGUUUAAAAGCCACCUUCACAAAUGUGUUUUUUCGCUGCCCGUCGAUCAUAAUUACGAUCACAAGCAACGAACCUUGAAACAGUGAAACACAAAACGGAUCGAAAUCCACAAAUCACAAACCAUGACCUUUUGAACCCGUGAAGUAAAGUUUAUUUCCUAAGAGGUCCGUUAAAGUGGCUUGACUGGAUUUUUUGGGGUUGAUACCUCCCAACUUUGAGCAUUAACUACAUCGGCAUGAGUAAAGAUAUGGAAAAAAUGUUACCACAACUGUAUUAUAUAAAGAUGAAAAGUUCUUAUGAUCUGGGUGUUAUUGCAAUCGGAGUCGCCAUGGCAACGUAAUGACGCCAUUACGUUUUUCAUUUAUCUUUGUGUUUCUCUGUUCCAGGAGUUUUUUGAAGAAAUCGCUUUAGGGAGUAUGUACCUGCUAUAAUUGCCUCCAUUAUGGCAUAGUUUGAACAAAUUCUAUGAGAGCGUUUUCGAAAUAUUUUGAAAUGUAGUUUUAAGAAUAAUAAAAACAGUAAAAUAACAUGCUACCUACACAAUUCGCUAAUAUUUUAAGAAAAUGAUGAGCUUUGGGAACGAGGCUUCAUCUCGUAGUGGUUUGAUUCCAUUGAAAACUGCAUACAAAAAAAGAGGGGAAUUGCUUUGGGCGAUCGCGAGUAAGAAGAAUUUUAUUAACUUGCAUUCAGCUGCUUUUGAUACAGUUUUUGGACGUAAUUUGGUCCAUGCCAAUAACCGCUCGAUAAAUUUUUUUAUAAAUUCGACAAUCCUGAGAUCAAUUGUCAAGAAAUAUUCCCUGCAAGUUUCAAGAACAUUGAAAAUAGGGAAGGCUUUUAAAUAGGGCCUCAAAUAUAACCAAUUUUCGCCCCAGAUUUUGUGUUUACAAGUGAGCGUCCUCAUUAUUCACUGGCAUUGUUUUCAAGUUUCAUAUGCACGUGCACAACUAGCAAAAGUUAUAAAUUUGCAUCAAAAAGAACUCUCGAUUACUUUCCGAAGAAAUAUCUGGAGUAUGCUAAUAAUUGGCUUGUCUUCACAGACAGUAGUGAGAGCCGAAAAGGUGAACGUCACGGCUCAUCGUGUAGGAUGGAAUAAUUAAUUAUCUUACUCGGGUUAUAACAUCACAGAACUCUCACAAAGCGUCGCUCUGAUGUUAUAAUAUAUCAUUAAUCUCUUUACUCGGUAAUUAGCGUAUCCCGGAGAUUUAACCGAGGGUCCUUUUUGAUGCAAAUUCUAUCUUUUUGCUAAAUGUGCACGUGUAUAUGAAACUUGAAAACAAUGCCAGUGAAUAAUGAGGACGCUCACUUGUAAACACAAAAUCUGGGGCGAAAAUUGGCUAUAUUUGAGGCCCUAUUUAAAAGCCUUCCCUGUUUUCAAUGUUCUUAAAACUUGCAGGGAAUAUUCCUUGACAAUUGAUCUCAGGAUUGUCGAAUUUAUAAAAAAAUUUAUCGAGCCGUUUUUGGAAAAAUGCGAAAUUUUUAGGCAUGGACCAAAUUACGUCCAAAAACUGUAUCAAAAGCAGCUAAAUGCAAGUUAAUAAAAUUCUUCUUACUCGCGAUCGCCCAGAGCAAUUCCCCUCUUUUUUCGUAUACAGUUUUCAAUGGAAUCAAACCGCUAUGAGAUGAAGCCUCGUUCCCAAAGCUUAUCAUUUUCUUAAAAUAUUAGCGAAUUGUGUAGGUAGCAUGCUAUUUUACUGUUUUUAUUAUUCUUAAAACUACAUUUCAAAAUAUUUCGAAAACGCUCUCAUAGAAUUUGUUCAAACUUUGCCAUAAUGGAGGCAAUUAUAGCAGGUACAUACUCCUUAAAGCGAUUUCUUUAAAAAACUCCUGGAACAGAGAAACACAAAGAUAAAUGAAAAACGUAAUGGCGUCAUUACGUUGCCAUGGCGACUCCGAUUGCAAUAAAACCCAGAUCAUAAGAACUUUUCAUCUUUAUAUAAUACAGUUGUGGUAACAUUUUUUCUAUAUCUUUACUCAUGCCGACGUAGUUAAUGCUCAAAGUUGGGAGGUAUCAACCCGAAAAAAUCCAGUCGAGCCACCUUAAGAUGAUUGACAGCAGUGAAAAACGCAAUCCAAUCAUCGGUUGGCUUCUGAACUUCAGAAUUCGCAUAUUUGUGAAAAGUGCAGUAAAUAGACGAUCCUAAUUUGCGGUCUACAGUUUCCAUGAAAACGCACUAUUUUUUCCACAAGAUAAAAAAUAUUCAGUUUUAAGAUUUUCGUCUUGGUAUGUUUUCUCUAACUUAAAGGAAUAAAAUCCUUUGCAUUUUGUGACCUAAAAAAGUUUAAAGAUUUCCCGCUCGCAUGUUGCGUUCAUCAGCACGCACUUCAAACAAGUUUUUUUCAGUAUACAUUCCAUAAAAUGGUGGAAGAAAUAUCAAGAAACAUCACGAGAGCUGAAAAUUUUCAAAGGCAUGUUUCUGAAACUCGCUAAUGCUGACAUCAAUAUAGCGUGCUUGCUGAAUGGGCGAAAACACAGAAUUGUGAUCACAAGAUCAUGUACAAAUUUAGUGAUAAAAGCUUAGCAAGAUACAGAUACAAACAAAAGCAAACCCCCUGAAACCUCGACGUGGGCUACACUUGUAUGCUCUACUCAGUCACCAAACCUUGUCAGUAAUAGCUCCUAUUUUCCUCAAGUCGCUCUUUGUGAAGCUCCCGGAUGUGAUGUCCCGGUGAAGCUUUGAACUUGUGUGCCAAAUUCUCAGAGUUCUUAUUUUUGUCCGUGCCUUCUUUAUCCUCAGUAUCCGAAAUUUAGACCUCCAAAGUGGCGUGUGUUGCGUUAAAUAGAAGGAACUAUUUAAAGGAAAAGCCAGUUUUCUAACAUGGCAAAGUUUUCACGUAUUCAUCUGCCAUUCAUCGGCAACUGAGUUGUUCGCUUCGCUGACUACGACAGCUUACAAUCAAGUCUUCAGCCAUAGUGUCGUCAACUGGUGAAAUACUUUGCUCAUAAAUUGUGCUUAUCAAUUGCUCAUGUACUACAUCGAUCGACAAUUCUCUCUUUGAGUUCACGAAGCGGCCCCGGCGUUCCAAACCUGACGCUCACAGUCAUCUUUUAGUGUGAACCUACCGUGAACGGCGUGUCGGUUUGUAUGCGACGUGAGCAUUUCUCUGAGUUUCCCAGCGCCAACAUCAUCAACUGACUUAAACUCGAACAAUCAAAAAAUUAUAAAGUGACUCCUAUGAUCGAAUCGCUUCGAACAACACAAAUAGCCUUCUUCAGGUUCGCAACGCCUUCUGGGUUUCUGGGGGGCGGAGACGAGGUACAAAAAGUAUCCGUGAAAGGGUUCGUGCAAGGGAAAAUUCUAUGAAACCAUUUGUGAGAACAUCGUUUCUAGGUACCAGACACUAGUGUCUUCCCUCCCCCGGGAGGCCGUUUUUCUGCACCAACGACUGAAAACCGAAUUUAUGACUGGGCCGCACAGGCAGCCCAGUAAAUAGUUAAAUAAUGAAAAAUGGAUAAAAUUGAUUUUACACAGCAAUUUAGUUUAUCGAUUUUCACCGAUUUCCGUUAUCAAUCGAUGAAAAUCACUUGAUUGCUACUAAUUUUUAUCGAUACCGAUUUUUAUAGAUUGACUACUCCGUUUUUCUAUGUGACCCGAGUCUUACACAAAGCUGCAUAAUUGGCCUGCACUGUCCGCUCCUCCUCUCCUCUCCUAUUUCAUUAUUAUUCAUGCAGGGGAGGUCAUAAUGGUUGAUGAUAACAUGACUGUUUGCCCCAAACUAUUAUAAGCUAUAGAGUGACUGGCCUUAACUAUCACGCCCUUUGAAUGCAUUCAUUAAAUCCUGUUUGGCCGCUUUCAUGAAUGUCGAAGGUGUUGGUUUUUUCGGUCAGCUGUUUAGUUGCAAAGUCAAAGCAGUAUGCGUCAAUUUUGCACAUGGGUAUAAUUCAUUUUUAUGGAAGACUUUGUCAAGGGUUUUACUCAGAUAUGGACAAAUGUACAAAGUAAGGCUUUAUAAUCCGUGUUUUGACGGAAAAUCCUCUUUCUGUGCACACAGUAGCCUGUGCAAAGCCAUCCCUCCCGGCUAUACACAAGCUACUGUGUGCACGAAAAGAGGAUUUUCAGUCUAUACACAGAUUGUAAAGCAAAAUAUUCGAGACUAAAUGUAUGAGGACUGGUUCCGAAUAUCAUGAACCAUUUAGCCACAAGCCAAAACUGUGUGUUUCAUGAUAGACAAAGUUGACGAUUGUUGAUACUUAAAGAGUGGUUGCCAGAGAAAACCGGGCAAAAUGUUUAAAAUGUCAACGGAAGGGGGUCAACGGAAUAAGUUCAUGCUAACAUCAUAGAUAGGUCUGGUGGAGUGAUGGACAAAUAUAAUAAACAUAGGUUCCUCACUACUCUUGUAUUAUCACUUUAUUCGACCCCCUGGGACGCCAAUUUUAUAAGCAAAUUUUCACCAUUUUCUGAAACUCAUAGAACCCUCAAAAUUUAACGAGUGAAGUUUAGUUUUUGUAUGCAAUACAACACAUCACAGAACUACUUUCUAAAACCAUAAGAUUUGUUAAGUGGCCACGAACAAGACUAAAAAUUUCUUAUUUCAUGUGACUUAAACUCAGUGUCUGCAAACGAGCAAAAAAUUCGGGCAUUUUUGAAUUGAUCUACAGCGCACAACUAAAACGACAGCACAACUCUGAUAGCCAAAUUACAGUCUACUAUUAUCCAUGUAAGCAAAACACUAAUAAUCAUUUUGGGCCAUUGAAACAAGAAGAAAUUAGAAAACUCACAUUUGUAAUAGUUUCCAAGCUUUUUCUUGCAAACAGGCCGAUCCCUUCGUGUUUGUUUUAAGUCCUCUUCGUGAAUUUUCUUUCAUAUUUCGCUGUAAAGUAAGUUCACAAGCUGGAGGAUAUGUCAAAAAGCUCGAAAUACUGCCUAGGUUACAUUUUGAAAUUGUAAAAAGUGCUGAACGAUAGGAUGAAACUAGAAAAUAACGAAGCCACGCUAUCUUGAAAAUUCAGCACUCAGAAGGGACUGGUACUAGUAGCUGCGUUGUGAUGAAUUACCAAAUAGAUAAACAACAAAAGCAAACAAAUCGACUUAUGAGUAAAUCUACUACAGUCUUAUUUCUUCUUCAAUCACUACUUUUGCUUAAAUUUAGCUUGUUUUGUGUUGUCGUUUUUCUUUUUUUGGCGUUACUUUAUUCAGUGUUCAUUUGCUCUUUAUUCAAGUCUUAGCGUUUCUUUGGACUCUUUAUUGUAUCAGCUAUUAUUGCGUCAGUGUUCAAUCACCGUCCACAUCCGAAGGUCCACUGAUCUCUUGUUCAUGAUUGUAUGAUGUACUUUUCAUAGUCCGGAAGGCUUCGCCCAAAGGGUACCUCUUUCAGGCAUCAGGUGUAACAAAGGGUAGGAAAAUCACAAGUUGAAGUAUGUGAAAGGAGAGGAAAAUCUUUCAUUAAAUAUUUUAAAGGGCCUUUUAUUAAAAUGCUUCGAAGAAACACGCCUUACGGCAAUAUCAUUUACAGUUAAAGGUUACACGGAAAUUGCCGGAAGACCUCCUUUCUUACCGAUUUAUUCUCACGAAGGAGAUAUAUGAAGAGGGUACAACUUUUCUAUGGAAGAUGCACGAAAGGGUUACCUUUUGUCAAAAAAUAUAUAUAUAUAUAUAUAAGGGUAAGGGACUGGACCUCGGGGCGAAGUCUCUCCGAACAAAACUUUAUUGAGUAGUCUCCCACCCCACUCCCCUUCUCCCUAGGGCUUUCCACAAGUUGCUCGGCAACUUUUUGGCAACUUCUAGUAUUUCGAGCAAAUUUUUUCGUUUGAAGGAACUUUUUGCAUAAUUUCUCAGCAAUUUCCGGCUUACUGGUUUUUUUUCCAAUUCUGAGAUAUCUAAACAGCUUUUAGUGCUUAAAUUGGCCUUGCUUCCAUAUUGCACAGUGUUUUAGUAGACAAUUUAUGAAUUUCCUAUAAAAAAAGAGCCAGAUCCUCUUCCCUUGGGGGCAGAUGAUGUGCGCAAGAUGCAGCCGGGCUGCCAGGUCAGAGGUUUUUUUGAACAAAAUGGUGGACUUCGAUUCACACUUGACUGACACGAGUGUCUGAGGUGAAGAAGGUCAUUCAACAAUAUUUUAAUGGCUCAUACUAGAAUGUUUACAAGAUUAAUAUUAAUAUUGACGUGUAGUCUUUACUCAUACAUUUUUUGGGUUUUAAUUGUGGUUUACGGGCUCCUGAUGGCGGGCAGAGUUAUCUAGCAACGCUAAUUACGCUGCGAAAUUGCACAAAAUUACGUUUUUAUAUUCUACCAGGAGCCAUAGAUAUCUAAAUCGGGUUAGUAGACCGUAACUGGAUACCUUUUCCAGGGAUGGGGUUGACUUCAUCGAAAUAUAUAUCAUAGCCAUUAAAUGUGCUAUUUUUAGCACAUUUUGUGCCAUCUCGUGUGACUCGCGCGCGUAUUUUUUGCAGCAGCGCCGUGAAAAGGAUUAACAAACGAAAUGGCGUUGGAAAUUACCUCCGUUGGAGAUGAAUAAGUUCCAUUUCUGUCCCUGAUUGCCUCCUCUGAAUUUAAUUAAUUUAACACUACUGAUUACCCCUUUAACAAAUUUUUGAACGGCCAAAAACUUGCACGGAUCCGCCUUUUCUUUACAUGCGACCCGCGGAACCGUGAAGUUUUUGAGCUGCAAACAGUACUGCAAUCUGUAAGAGAAUUUGCAGGUUCCCUCUAAACGUGGCGUUUAUCUUGUGUGGACCGUACAAAGAGCAUUCUGAAAAAGAAGUGAGCAGGAAAAACAAUGAGGGGAAGGGGUACGGAGUGAGAGUCAUAAGAACUCCUAUAAUGGUACCUUCGGAUCCUUCCGGUAUACCAGAUUCUCUUAAACCUAUGAAUGGUCUAUUUUGACAGCUCUUGUCAACAUUCGAAGGUCUAUUACCUCAUGGAAAUGCGAAGUGACAGCGACGAGAUCAUCAGUUAGAAGGCUUUUUAAUACUUUCAAAAAAGCACUUCGUCCGCUGGCUCUCUUGGCCGCUUUGCGGCCUAAAAUGCCCGCUCCGCACACUGAUUCAAUUGUACUAUGUUUAUUUUAAUGAACAGUUGGUAAUAGAAAUUAUUGCAAAUUUUACAGCAAGCAAUAUCCUGACUGCCCGAAGUUAGACCGCACGCUUGGUUGAUAUAUAGCAAGUCCAGCUAGCUCGCAUGAGGGCGAAGUUAAGUGAUUCAUAAACAGACAAAAUAGAUCUUUAAUAUUAUCUACAUUCACGGGACACCUCGAAAUGACGAGGGAAUGAAGCAAUGCCAGUUAAUCACCAAUUAACCUGCGAUCAGGCGUUCUUCUUGUUUUUUACUUUGAAAGAAAAACAAGCUACAUUCAACUAAAAGAAGUCAUUGAAGAAGAAAUAAGACUGGAGUAGGUCGCCGAUAAGUGGCCUGUGUACAGACGUCCCCCUCCCUCAGAAAAAUCGGGAGAGGAGACGUCUGUGAAUCGCCGUCGUCUGUGAAUCGUUAACCGUGUUCCGGUAUACAUUUGCAUAAAUUAUUUUUUCGUUCUUUCGCUAACAGUUGAAAAGGCACAUGUAGGUCGAAAAAUAGCUCUGGCGUCUGUGCACAGGCUAGCCGAACAUCUUCACGCAAUGUCCACCCAAAAAUCCAGAUAUAAGAUCUCUGAUUACAGUCAAGCCAGGUCAAGCGUACCUCCCAAGAUCCCAUUAAUGUAUUUAUUACUCGAAAGUUGAACCGUUGGUAGUCGUAGAUUUCAGAUUCAUCUCUGUGUGCAUUCUUGCAUGCAUAAUGAGCCGUGAAUUUACGAAAUUUCUACCAGCUCAGUUUCCCUGAAUUUGAUGUAAAUGUCUUCUAAGACAUUUAAUUCAUUCAAAGAUUUUCAAUCUGACUAAAUGCAGAGAAGUUCUCUUAAAAUAUUCACUGCUUAUUGCGCAUACAGGAAUGUCUAUUUAAAUUGGACACCAGUUACGGGAACGACUAACGGAUCAUUUUUUCAAAUAAUCAAUUCAUUAAUAGAAUCUUUUGGGGUAAGCUUGACCCGCUUUGGCUGUUAACGUUGGAUUUUGUAUGCCUUCUCUUUUAUUUACAAUACCGACCGGUACAGACAGACGUACCCACAACCGGUGCAGCAAACAUCGGUGGUCUUAACUUCUCAUGCUUUUUCGAGAGAGCCGAAAUACAAUACCUGUAAACAAAGUAUGAAUGUCCACAAAGGCUAAGCUUUUACCCCGGGAAUCUAUUCUGAGGUUCAGUCACCAACCACAACACCGGAAAUUAAUUGCAUCAUGGCAUUAACAUUACCACCAAUCAGAGGCUGUCCCCAACAUUCCGAGGAAACGGAAACACGAUUAUUGCCAGCGAUUCACAGACGUCUCCUCUCCCGAUUUUUCCUGAGGGAGGGCGGACGUCUGUACACAGGCUACUAAUAAGCUGGUUUUUUUGUUUUUUGUUUUUUAUUGCCAACGAGCCAUCCGAGCGAAGACGCUCGGAUGGUGAGGCGGCAGCAGAAUAGAGCCGCGCAAGACUGGGCAAUAGGCAGAAAAAUCUCGAUCGAGCUCAAAAAAGUGUAACCCGUAAAUUUUUAACCCGUAACCUGAUGUAAUGUAGAUUCCGCUGAGACCAAGUGGUCAGUUGUGGACCAAUCAAAAGGCAGUACCUGGCGCACGGGCUCAAGUUGAAUGUGGUAGCUUUUUAAAGUACAAAAUUUCUCACAAUUCGCGCCGUCGCGACUUCCUGGGUUUAUUUACCUAAAUUUAUUCGUCAAACCUGGCCACUGCAGUCAAGAAACAUGAGCACUUGGCAUGAUAUAUUCUAUUUAUUGUAGGGGCCAUAAUGUUAAGUUUUAACGAAGAGAAGUUUGUCAAACAGCAGAAGUGUUCUAUGUGCAACAAGCAAUAUUCUCACCACUAAAAAGGAUCAGAUUACACGAGGAGAUAACGAAAGAUUGACACGAGGAAUACAGUCGCUUCUGUUGGAAAAUCUUGUGUUGGGGAAAAAGUCUAACCGGCAGACAAAAAAUAUGAGAACAAAAACGAAUUAAAAGCCUAAAGCGAACGACAAAGGAAAAGAAAACAACGCCAUUUUUUUUCAAAACCUGGCCGAGUUGAGAAUAAAAAAAAUGAACUAAAAUACCGACGUGCCGUACACUGCACGUCCUAGGAAACAAUUCAGAUGGCCCAGCGAAUCAUUCUAAGUUUCAAUCGGAUAACAAAAAGCCUCGGGAAAUUUGAAAGGAGGUUUUAAAAUGAUUAAACUGUGCAAAUAUUUAUCUACAAUGUGAAACCGAACCGACAGUAGAUUUGUAGCUGGACUUAAUAAUAUUCCCGAUCGCUUCCUCUGCAAAGCAGAUUUUAUUCUUUCAAGACACUUCACACUUUACAUAGCAGGUUUUGUAAAGCCACCAGACUGAAUCUGAGAACUGACUCUCCUCCGGAACCUCAUAAGUGUUACAUGCAUAACACCUUUUCAAGAAAAUAAUCCUUAGUAGUAAAAUGACGUCAUCAUGCAAAUGCCUAAUGCGAGAUGAAAUUGCGAGACGAUGGACUCGUGGAAAAUUUGCAAUUUUUGUCCGUAUGUUAGAUAUCGAACGCAGCUACUAGUGCCAGUCCCUCCUGAGUGCUGAAUUUUCAAGAUGGUGUAGCUUUGUUAUUUUCUAGUUUCAUCCUAUCGUUCAGCACUUUUUACAAUUUCAAAAUGUAACCUAGGCAGUAUUUCGAGCCUUUUGAUAUGUCCUCCAGCUGCUGAACAUAACUCUAAAUGAAGUGAAUAAAGAGCAAAUGAACACUGAAUAAAGUAACGCCAAAAAAAGAAAAACGACAACACAAAACAAAACAAGCUAAAUUUAAGCAAAAGUAGUGAUUGAAGAAGAAAUAAGACUGUAGUAGAUUUACUCAUAAGUCGAUUUGUUUGCUUUUGUUUUUUAUCUAUUUGGUAAUUCAUCACAAGGCAGCUACUAGUACCAGUCCCUUCUGAGUGCUGAAUUUUCAAGAUAGCGUAGCUUUGUUAUUUUCUAGUUUCAUCCUAUCGUUCAGCACUUUUUACAAUUUCAAAAUGUAACCUAGGCAGUAUUUCGAGCCUUUUGAUAUGUCCUCCAGCUGCUGAACAUACUUUGCAGCGAAAUAGGAAAGAAAAUUCACGAAAAACAAACACGAAGGGAUCAACCUGUUUGCAAGAAAAAGCUAGGAAACUAUAACAAAUGUGAGUUUUCUUAUUUCUUCCUGUUUCAAUGGCCAAAAUGAUUAUUAGUGUUUUGGUUACAUGGAUAACAGUAGACUGUAAUUUGGCUGUCAGAGUUGUUCUGUCGUUUUAGUUUUGCGCUGUAGAUCAAUUCAAAAAUGCCCGAUUUUUUGCUCGUUUGCAGACACUGAGUUUAGGUCAGAUGAAAUACGAAAUUUUUAGUCUUGUCCGUGGCCACUUAACAAAUCUUAUGGUUUUAGAAAGCAGUUCUGUGAUGUGUUGUAUCGCAUACAAAAAAUAAACUUUACUCGUUAAAUUUUGAGGGUUCUGUGAGUUUCACAAAAUGGUGAAAAUUUGCUUGUAAAAAUGGCGUCCGAGGGGGUCGAAUAAAGUGAUGCUCGUAUCUCUAAUACAUGAGCAGUGAAGAAGCUAUGUUUGGUAUAUUUGUCCAUUACUCCGCCAGACCUAUCUAUGAUGUUAGUAUGAACUUAUUCUGUUGACCCCCUUCCGUUGACAUUUUUAACAUUUUGCGCGGUUUUCUCUGACAACCACUCUUAAUCGAAGACAUCAUCAAAUUUCAUGACCGUUAGACCCUAGCUGGAUUUAGGGAUUGCAGGAUAUGUAUCGGCUGACAACGUUGCACAUGAAUUUGGGAACUGAGAGCCUGUGGACAGUUGUGCUUAAAGUUAUAGCUGUGUGUUAAGUUGUUUGUUCUUACCUUUUGUAGCAUCAUACGUGAAUCCUGAUCAUUUACAGUAUUUUAGAUUCAUUGGACGUUUAAUAGCAAUGGUAAGUGGAUACUGGCUUGUGUUAUUUCUAUUGUUCAAGAACAAAAAUAGAAAUAAUAAAACGUGUAAUCUCCGAGUGAAGGUUAUUGGAAGCCAAAUAAUUUAGGAACUGUACAGAAGCCCUUUGGGUUAGCCCACAACUGCAUGUUUGCCUAAUGUCCCAACCGAUUAGGCGACUAAAAUGUUCAGGUUCAGGGAAAUAGAUUUUUUACGAGAAACUGAAACAUGAUUGUUUGAACAUUCUUAAAUAGAUAUUUUGCUCUCUUAUUUUUAGGCCCUGUAUCAUGGUAAAUUCAUUGACAGAGGUUUCACACUGCCUUUUUACAAGAGAAUGUUAAGUAAAAAGCAAACAAUGAAAGAUCUGGAAUCAAUUGAUCCUGAGUUUUAUAACUCCCUGGUUUGGAUAAAGUAUGUAUUUUUCAAAAACUGCUUAUAAUUUUUAUACAGGUCUUGCUUUCCUUACUGUAUUUACUGUAACUGGGGACAGAACGAAACGCUUUUUGAUACAAAAGUUGUUGAGGAGAAGAUGAUGUUGCUUAUGUUUUUUUCGGUGCCACUGUAGCCUUUUCAGCCUGUUGAAUGACUUACAUGUACAGAUGAAGGAUACCAAUACUUUUCACACUUCGUAUUUAUUGAAAAACUCCUUUAUAUUGUUGAAUACUGAAUGCACUGUAAUUCUCUAUUGUUUUUGUCCUUAUUCCGAACCUCUGUUUUCUAUGUGAACAUGGUGUUCUUUUGUAUGUUUGCACUUGUAGUCUACUCCUACUUUUAAGCCAAAGUAUCUUCCUUGGCCUGUUUGUUUCUUCCUCUUUUGGGUGUUAAUUUUUUUUUGUAAGCAAAUUAAUAAAUGCAGACACAAGAGGUGGCAUCUUAUAAAGGGGAGCCUGUUGACACCACAGACAAAAAGUAAGACUGUUUAACUUUUUUUUUGACAGAGAUAACAAUAUAGAGGAAUGUGGUUUAGACAUGGAAUUUGCUGUGGACAUGGAGUUGUUGGGGAAAAUAACCUCACAUGAAUUGAAACCUAAUGGAUCAAACAUUAAGGUCACAGAAGAAAAUAAAGAGGAGUACAUAUCGUAUGUAGUAUUUUUGAUGUCUUUCGCAAUCAAAUGUGGAAAGUGGUUGUCAUACUUACAGCGUCUAAAGACGGGGCCACUGCGGAUUUAAUUGCAUUGUUGUUAACAAAAAAGCCAGUCUCUGGAAUAAUUUAUCGAUGACCAAGUUUUGAAAAAAAUCGAGAACCGUAGUGGUGGAUUAAUUUAACAAUUAAUGAAUGAGGCUGAAUAUCUUAUGAAGAAUCAUGAGAUCGAGGAGAGUGUUAUCGGCCGAGGCGGAUAACACCCUCCGAGAUCUCCAUAAUUCUUCAUAUGAUACGAAAGCCGAAUUCACUAAUUGUUUUAUUAUUCAUUCAAAAUAAUUCCUAGUUUAAAAACAAAGCUAAAACAUGCUUGCCUCCAGCAGGAGCCGAUUACCUCUAUCGAUGUUAAGUUCACCUUCGAUAGUGCACGUUUAGGGUUUUUCAGCUCCGCAAAUGUUCUCCAAAUAGCAGAUGUCGCCCUUCGAAUUGUGUUCUUGCCAUGUUUUUUGCUAUAAUUUCGCCUAGUUUUACGAGUGAAAUGUCCGCCAUUUUUUUGUUUUCACAAGCAAAACAACUCGACCUCGUCCCCAGGUAUUCUCAGUUAACGGUGCCUUAACCUGCACGAACGCUUCAUUUUUGACGUCAUUUCCUCGUUAAACACAAAAUUCUUCCAAAUUUGGCCAUCAGGAACUGGUUAUGGUGAAUCAUGCGUGUGCUUUUAGCCAAUCAGAAUCGGGGAAAUAUUUUGAAUGAAUAAUUAUUUAUUGUUAUUAAUUGUUAAUUGUUAAUUAAUGAAUGAGACUGAGUAUCUUAUGAAGAAUUAUGGAGAUCGAGGAGGGUGUUACCCGUCGAGGCCGUAGGCCGAGGCAGAUAACACCCUCCGAGAUCUCCAUUAUUCUUCAUAUGUUACGAAAGCCGAAUUCAAUAAUUGUUUUAUUAUUCAUUCAAAAUAAUUCCUAGUUUAAAAACGUAACUAAAACAUGCUUACCUCCACCGAUCCAUCGAUGUUCAGUCCAUCUUCGAUAGUGUACGUUUACGUUUGUCCGGCUCCGCAAAUAUUCUCCAAAUAGCAGAUGUCGCCCUCCGAGUUGUCUUCUUGCUGUUUUUGCUAUGAUUUUAACUAUUACUUCGCCUAGUUCCAGCUGUAGUUCUUACUCUUGAAACGAGUGAAAUGUCGGCCAUUUUUGUUUUCACAACCAAAACAACUCAACCUCGUCCCCAGAUCUUCUUGGUUAACGGGGCAUUAACCUGCAAGGAAGCUGCACUUUUGGUGUCAUCAGUUGAUUAAUCGCAAAAUUCUUCCAAAUUUGGUCAUCAGUAACUGGUUAUGGUGAAUUAUGCGUGUGCUUUUAGCCAAUCAGAAUCGGGGGAAUAUUUUGAAUGAAUAAUAUUAGCUAUUAUUAUUCAUUCAAAAUAUUUCCCCUUAUCUGACUGGCUGAAAGAACACGCAUAAUUCACCAUAACAAGCUACUGAUGACCAAAUUUGGAAGUAUUUUGCGAUUAAUCAACUGAUGACACCAAAAGUGCAGCUUCCUUGCAGGUUAAUGCCCCGUUAACCAAGAAGACCUGGGGACGAGGUUGAGUUGUUUUGGUUGUGAAGACAAAAAUGGCGGACAUUUCACUCGUUUAAGAGUAAGAACUAGGUGAAGUAAUAGCUAAAAACAAGGCAAGAACAGCAAGAAGACAACUCGAAGGGCGACAUCUGCUAUUUGGAGAAUAUUUGCGGUGCUGCACAACCCUAAACGUGCACUAUCGAAGAUAACUUAACAUCGAUGGAGGUAAACAUGUUUUAGCUAUGUUUUUAAUUUAGGAAUUACUUUGAAUGAAGAAUAAAACAAUUAAUGAAUUCGGCUUUCGUAUCUUAUGAAGAAUUAUGGAGAUCUCGGAGGGUGUUAUCAGCCGAGGCGGCGGAUAACACCCUCCGAAAUCUCCAUAAUUCUUCAUAAGAUACGAAAGCCGAAUUCAUUAAUUGUUAAGUAGUCAAGGAAUAUUUUUCCUGGUGACUGCUGAGUAUUUCCUGCUGUUUCCAUCAGAGGAAUACUGAAGAGGGUAGGAAUUACUCUCUUUUUGGUCAACAUGAGGUGGAAGGUCUAGUUGGGGGGAGGAGGAAGAAAAGUCGGUCUCCGCUCAUCUCCUUCCGUUCUCCUGUGGCUCGCACAUUAACACAACUCGAUCAGAGGCACAGGGGAAUAAAACAUCCGUGAGCUUCAAGGUGACUUCUUUUGUUUUAUCCCCCCCAAACCUCAGAACCAAGUACCUCCCUCACCCCAUAAACCCUUGUGGGCUAGACAAUAAGAACCAUUGUAGCUUUGUUCACAACCAACGCUAUUAUCAAAAAAACUCCUGGUCAGCGCUUCCCAGACAAUUACUGCUAUUGACAUGCACAGUAAACCAGUUACCAUGUUGUUGGUACUUUAUGUCAUAAAAUAGACUCGCCGACAGAAGACUUCACUAGGCUGCCCGGCAUAAAACCUGUGUUGCAUGAAAACGAGAGGUUUUCUAGAACAGAAAGGCAACAGCUUAUUAUAAAAGUAAUUAACCCAAUAAACCUAUCUCAAUCGAUCUACGGUCCUCACUGCACCGAGACUAUGUGGACAGAGAACGCAUUAAUUUUGCCACAAGGUAAAAAUGUUGUGUUUUAAGAUUUUUUCCCUUGUCAUUUUUCUUGAACUUGAAGGAAUUGGCUGUUUUCAUUUUUCGACAUCAGAAAGUUUAAAGAUUUGAAUUGUCACACGUCGAUUUCAUCGGAAAGAACUUUAAAAAAAUGUAAACAGAUCAAACGGUCGAUAACACAAUUAUUUUACACCCUAAUGUGAGCCGUGACUAACGUAUUUUCAUGAAAGACAGUUAUUCUGUUGUUUACUCCGAAAUUUUAGGCGACACGCUUUUCACAACGAAAUCCGUGGGUGGCUUAAGACUGAACUGAAGCGCACCUUGAAAUUCAGUAGCUCGUGACCUUGUUUAAAUCACAAUUAAAUCUGGGUCAUAGUGCUGAUUAGUCAUUACACGAACUUAAAUUGUUUUCUGUUCGAGCGAUUUAUCUCGAUGCACAAUGACUGACCUCUACAUUAAUUGAAACCCUAUGGUUCAUUCAUAUAAUACUGUUGUGUACUCUCCAUCACAUUUACAGUGUGUACGUAUUCACAUCACCUUCAGUAAAAUAACAUGUGUAAGUCAAGCUUUAUAUGUCAUGUGAAGUUUCGAGUAAAAUCGAUUUAUAACAUAGGUUUUUAUAAGAUCCCAUUUUUCAAUGGCUGUAGUUUACACCUUCAUCAAAAGGUAUGUAUGGCGAUGCGAGCUGUGAACUUUCGAAGUUUAUCGAAACUUUAUCCUAAUCAGUCGUUUUUCCUGAAGUAGAGAAGACACAGAACUUGGGAGAUUAGCAUAACAAGGUCAUGCACAAAUUUAAUUCAGAUAAAAGCUUAGUAAGGUACAGAUAUAAACAAAAGCAAAACCUUUGGACCAUUUUAAGAGCAACUGUAACUAAGUUUAAGCUUUAGGAAGCAAAGUCAACAAACUCUGAACUAGUGAGAGACUUGCCUUUUUCUCUUCACUGCUCAUUUGCCCUCUCGCCAAACUGAAACCGCCAGCUUCGCAGGCUAUUGAACUUGUGUGUGAAAUUGUCGAAGUGUAAAUUCCGUCGUCCGAGUCUUCUUUACCCUUAUCCGAAGUUUAGACUUCUUAAAAAGGCGUCUGUUGCAUCAAACAGAAGAAAAUAUAGAAAUCGGACAAGACGCUAUGGGAGCGUACACUUCUGCGUCGUGGUUGUGGAUUAAUUGUGAAUGCAUAGGAAUAGUAAGAAAUGAUAUUUUUCCAGAUACCCUUCCAUACAAAUACCCUUACUUUUCUCCUUUUUUGUAACAGACGUGUUAACUUCUUCACCGGAAGUCUGCUAGGUGCAUGGCUGUGACCCAGUUCGAUUAUAAUUUCUGCCAUAAAUAAUUGCGCACGGCGAGAUCUUAGCUCCACUUCCUUUAUUUUCUCUACAACAACACUUUCCUUAUGUACAGUUAACUCCAUACUUUUUCCAGCAACGUAACUAUAAACUAACAUCAGUACACUCCCUUACAAAACUUGCUGAAAAUAAACAAUCACCACACCGAGGAUAAUUCAUGUACAACAUCGCAACAUAAACUAGAAAUACUUAUCUCGCAAUAACCCUAGCGAAACUCGGUUUUUUAGUAGUGCCACUCAAGUUAAGUCCUGUCGGGCGGGGUUAGGAACUGGAUAGGUACCCCACUGCGAAUAUCGUCGUAAAGGUCCCUUCUUUAUUCUUUCUUUUCUUCUUCUUUUUUGUAUAUUGUGUGGUGUUAUUUUUAAAAGUGUAUUGAAAAGCAUAGUUAGCAUUAUUUCGGCCGCUGCAUGUAGAAAAAAAAAAAGAAACAAACAAACACGAAAGUACAGUUAGUCUCCAUCGCAGCCGUUUUUAGGCUCAUGGUUGCGUGACGAGCCUAAAAACGGCUGAGAAGGAGACUAGUUCGCGUGAAAAUUAUUAUUUGGGCGUGACCCAAAUAAAGUAAUCGAAAUGGGUUGUUUUGACGCAAAGUUGCAAUAGGCACACAAUACGUGCUAGCGUAAACAAGCGAAGCGAGGCGAAUGUCUGCCAUGCGAACGUCUUUUACCAGGUAAGAGGUAUGUGGGAAAGAAAGCUCUGAUAGCAAGCACGGCACUUUAUCGCACUUUUACGAUCUGAAAAGUUAAUCUUAAUCGUCAGUAUUUUAACCUGAUGAAAUCUAUCAAAAAUAUUUGGAAUAUUAACGUCGGGUUUUGGUCAUAAUAAGACGAUUAUUGUUCUGAGAUGUCGGGAGCGUAAGGAGGUGUUGAGCAAAAAUUUUGUGACUUGCAGCCUAGUAAUAUUAAAAGAAAGAGAAAAACUGCAUUUAAUUUAGGAAUUGGUGAAUAAACUUAGAAGGAAUUGGCUUAUGCCUGGUCGGUACCAAAGAAGCUUUUAAAUAGACUCUAUUUCUGGACCCCCACUUCAACAGCAACAAAAGAAUAACCGGAGCGAACCAAAAAAGUCGAUUCGGCACUUAUAAGAACACAAAUUUAAUUUUCAAAACCACUGAAUAAAUGAUUUAGAAAGUACUUUCCUUAUAUUAUCUGCAUCUUUUUCCUGCACCAGCUGCUGUUUCUCUUCUGGGAUAACUUUGAAAAUCUUUUUUAGCUUGACGCUUCGUGGUUGUGUUAUUGUGUUCAUUCACGAAAAAGAAAACUGGCUGUGUUUUUCCCGCCUUCUAUCACGCCACUUUCCACCAUGCUUUCAUCACGUGCUGUAAUGUAGCCCGAGCGGAGUACAUUGCUUAAUGAAUCACGAUCGGGAUACAUUUGAUUUUAGUCAAGGCCACGUGACCAAGAAUCAACCAAUGGCAGUCCCUGUUUAGUUGAGUGAAAGUCUAGGAAUAUAACAGUGUAGUAUAUUAUACACUUAAUGUCAGAUCCCGAGGGAAACAGUUUUUUUUCCCGAGGGUCCUGACGUCAGGACUCGAGGGAAAAGAAAACUAACUGGUUUCCCGAGGGACCUGACAUUAAGUGUUUUGUUAUAUUUCUAGACUUUCACUUCCACAGGAGCAAAGAAUAACGGGAGCGAACCAAAACAGUCGACUCGGUACUUAUAACAACACAUAUUUAAUUCUUAAAACCACUGAAUGAAUGAUUUAGAAAGUACUUUCCUUAUAUUAUCUGCAUCUUUUUCCUGCACUAGGUGCUGUUUCUCUUCUGGGAUGACUUGAGAAAUCGUUGCUUUUUACCUUGAGGCUUCGUGUUUGUGUUCAAGUUGUUGUGUUCAUUCACGAAAAAGAAAACUGGCAGUGUUUUUCCCGCCUUCUGUCACACCGCUUUCCACCGUGCUUUGAUCACGUGCUGUAAUGUAGCCCGAGCGGGGUACAUUGCUUUUGAAUGUACAACGAUCGGGAUACAUUUGAUUUUAGUCAAGGCCACGUGACCAAGAAUCAACCAAUGGCAGUCCCUGUUUGGUUGAGUGAAAGUCUAGGAAUAUAACAACAAAUGUCAAUAGUUACCAAUGUUCCUGUAAACAGUGCUGCGCUAUAGCAGUGUUAUAAAUCCCUGUAGUUACUGGGCUUCUGGAACUUUAUCUGCCCUUGUUAGUAAGCGGAAUACACUGUACAAUGUGAUGUCUGUGGCAAGACAUAUUAUGCUUGUCGAUCUUCCUCAGUGUCAUUAUCAGUGGAGCUGAUAUAAACCUUACUGUCCGGGCUGUAAGCACUUGUGUCCUAUGUUGCAAUUUGGCUGAAAGCAAGUCUGUGUUGAAGAUGUGCCUUUCAAAACAUUGUCAUGAAGUGACCGGAUUUUUGUUGUGGAUUGGAACAUACUGUAUUAAAGCAAACUCGUCAGCGCAGUGAGACGCACUGAAAAUUGUUCCUGUAUCUCGAUUUUCGCUCAUAUUUUGAAGCUACUAGCCCAAAUUGAUUCAAUGUUUUUUUGUAAAAUACUUUUGCAGUCAAUUUUUCUGGCCAGAAUAAUAAAUAAGAACAAGACGAAAAGUCACCAACUUAUCCUGUACCUCGUGCAGUGGGCAAUCGGCUAAUUCCGCAACGUAGGGUCUCAUCUGAUCUGAUGGGUCUCACAAGUGAGUCGGUUCAAACCCCGGGCAAGCCAAAAAAAUCAUUCUUUCUUCCUCUAAUAACAAAGAAAUCAAACUGAUCUCGAGAUAUCUCGAACUAAUUGGGCGCUCACUUCGUCAAAUAGCCGAAUAAGCCGAACACCUUCAAACUUUGCAUGUCCAAUCUCGUCCCAAAAAAGCAACUUUCGUACAUUCCUGAGCGUCGCGAAUGCUUUACUUCGUGCUUCGCCGAAGUAAAAAGUCAAUUUGCAUUCUGCGCUGAAAUGGUCGAAACACGCAACCCCUUCUGGGUUAAACUGGGUGAACAAUUAACAGUGCCUGUAUGUAAAAGUGCGCGGAUAUUGCUGAACGAAACAGAUUUAUAACUGGGCUUUCCCUACAGCCCAGUAACUAUAGCAGCUUUUGAUGGGUCAUGACAAUAAUCAUAAUAAUAAUAACAACAAUAAUAAUAAUGAUAAUGAAAAAAUUGUUAUAGUGAUAAUAUUUUCAGUUAUUCCUAUAUUUACUCUCGACAGGUUUUUAUGCCGCAAAAGCUAGUGAGGCCGAAGAAGUUACUGAAACAGACAAAAUUAUAAAACAUAACAGGGUUAAGAAACCCAAUUGCCUUAUUAACUAUGUCAAGCGUGGUCCAGAUUUGAACUCUGGACUACUGUGAACAAAUCCUUGCAAGAAGUCACUUGAGGCUUCCGAAUUGCAAGUUCAACUCUGUAAACUUAAGCGUUUCGCAUGUGCCUGCUUAUCACGUUAUGUUUCAUUUUCAGACUUAUGACACAAUGGCGAUUUAAUCGUGGGAUUGAAGAGCAAACUAAAGCUUUCCUAGAUGGAUUCAAUGAAGUUGUUCCACUUUACUGGCUGCAGUAUUUUGAUGAGAAAGAAAUAGAGGUAUUUCGACCUCCAAGGGCGCAGGUCUAAAACCGCACUAUUCUUAAGCGUAACGUAGUACAUAGUGCUGGCAAAAAUUCGAAAUAUUGUGGAUGUUAGUGUGCUGUAAUGCGCUCUUGAUUUUGAUAAUUUGAGAAGUCCUUCAUGAGUUGGUGUCUGCUUAAAGCCUGGGCCCGAAUUUUGUUGGAUAGAAGUAAAAAAGUUGAACAGAUUCGAGAAAUCGAUUUUUGGAGGGUCACUCACAAAUACCUUUAAUACACACUCACAAAAACAUAGGUUUCUUGCCAGUAGCCGAACAUCCUGUGCGUAAGAGAGAAUGUAUCGAAAAUGCUAAAAUUUAGACUCGAUUAGUUCCGCGGUCUCCCGGGUUCGGUCUCAUUUUCCCGAGCAGCGGCUGAUAAUCGCCGGAACCUGCUAGAACUAUUGGGCCUGAUCCGCCGCCGCCCCUCAGGUUAAGCCGGCACUGAUACAUACUACUUCAUUACCCUUUUUUUAAAAACAGACUUUUAUUUAGCGUGGUUAUAUAAACAGGAUUGUUUAAUGGAACGUAUACUACUCGUAAUUCGGGAUUAUUUGCCAUUAUUGGCAGAAAAAGUCAUGCUGAUAAGUUCUCGUUAAUAAAGAAAAGCAUCAUCUCGCAGCCGUUCUUUUAAGCCUGUUCAUCGGCUCGGGGGGCUGCUGUUCUGAAUUAGGCUGCAAACUUUUCAUUAGCCUAUUUAUUUGAACUACUCUUCGGUGAUGGACAGUGUAGCUUUUGACAUGGCCCUUGGCCUCCCAAAAUCUUGGCAUAGUCAAAGAACGACUGAAACCUUGUUUUGUCUUUGCCAAUACGUGCUGGGCAACUUCUUGACUUAUAUAUUAUAUGUAUAUAUCAUAUAUUAUUUGUUUUUCAUUUUCGUGUUUUUUUCUUUUCUGUUUAGUUAAUGCUCUGUGGAAUGCAAGAGAUUGAUGUAGAUGACUGGCAAAAUAACUCCGUUUAUCGACAUUACACGAGGAAUAGCAAACAGGUCACUUGGUUUUGGCAGGUAAAUGAAGUUUCUUAAAUACGGUGUAAUUAGUCAUUAGAAAUUGAUAACAGGCAAUUACAGUCAAAUCCCGUUAAUACGGACACUGACGGGGCCAUAGAAAGUGGUGUCCGUAAUAAGCGGGUUGAAUUAAGAAAAAUGUAAGGGCUCUCUUUCCCAAGAGACAAAUCGAGUCAAAGCAAAGUGUCCGUAAUAAGGCUGUAAUACUGAAAUGUCCGUAUUAAGCGGGUGUCAGAAAAGCGGUCUUUGACUGCACUGGUAACCCUUAGAUGACUUAGGGAAGAAGCAUGCUUUUGCUUAGGGUCAGUGUUAGUACUACAAUAGUGCAAAAUUACAGCGUUUGUAUGAAGUAAAGUUCGGACCCUGAUAUUUGUAGGAAGUAAUAAAUAAAUGUCCAUAGAACUUACUUUGCCAUUAGUUUUUGUUGUCUUUAAUGCUUACACGGAGUUUUUCGGACAAUAACAACUGUGAAGUAAGUGUCGUGGACUGUUAUUCAUUAUUUCCUUCACAUUUUAGGAUCGGAAAUUUACCUCGUAUAAAACAAGCACUAGAAUGCAGGGUUGAAGGUAAAACCCACUUUUAGAGGGUGAUCAGCAAAUUCUUUAAAAUUGGGACACAGAAAAGAAGCCAGAUGUAUCCCGCCCUGUAUUAGCUUUAGCUGAGUAUGUUUUUUCGGUGUCUGUGUUAUGUUAGGCGCUUCGUUCAUUUGAUAAUGAGAAGAGAACACGAUUGUUACAGUUUGUGACCGGCACAUGUCGUCUUCCUGUUGGAGGAUUUGCUGAGCUUAUGGGUAUGUAAUCUGCUUAGACUCACUAGGCCAUUAUUUGGAGGUGAGUAUCACAGCCUCCCCUUCAGGAUCAAGAAGCUGUCCCAAACCGUUUUUUAUGGCAAGCAGCUCACAUGAGAACGAACGAGUAAAAAUGUGCUUAUUUCCUGCCGAGCGAGCUUUAUGAAUGUGCGUGGAUUACUUGAAUGUGUCGCACUAAAAACUCGCCCGGUCUGGGUUUAUAUACUUAUAAUAUAAAAGAAUGAAAAUAUAUGAAGUGAAUCUUAUUUUGAACUACGAAUAAAUAUAGGACAGUGGAAAUAAUCCUCGCAUUUGUAAACAACCGUAGCUGCUUAAAAUGAACUUGAAGAAAUUCAGGCUAGACCGGGAAUCGAACCUUGACCUUUGACCGGGUGCAUCGCAAAGGUCAUGAUUCGAUUCUCGGUCAAGCCUGAAUCUUUUUUCAGGUUCUUUUUCAACCGCUGCCUUAGGUUGUUUAUUCAACUGCGAGGAUCAUUUCCACUUAAAUAUACUUAUAAAUAUCGGGUUGGGUGGUCUCGCGAUUAACUCGUCGGUACUUAGCAGUGAAUAAACUAGGGAGCUUAUCAACGACGACUGCAACGGCUACGAAAACGUCACUUAAAAGCUUUAAACUUUAUCGCGUUUAGCAAAUUUCUUUGGUGUUGAAUUCUAAAGGAUUGUAUCAAAACUCAGGAAAAGAAAAAGAAAAUUGUUGUUUUGUGUUCCCUUCCUCGACAAAACGUGAGAAUAGGCACUUUCACGUUGUAGUCGCGCAACGAAAUGUACAUAAAAGUGUGAUGCACGUGCAAGGUUGUUAUUUUGCCAAGCUAAAGGUGAUGUUACACGAGACGAUUCUCAACGACGAUUUUUAGCGCAACACGGCGUUUCAGCAUUGUUGCAUGUCGUUUCGCAUUGUUACAACGUUGUUCCAACAUUGCAACGCCGAGUUGCGCCAAACAUCGUCGUUGCAAAUCGUUCCGUGUAACAUUACCUUGAACCUAUUCGUUUGUCGCGGGCUCGUUGCCGUCGCCGUCGCUGUUGCUUAAUCUCCCUUUUAUCUUGUACCUAUGAAUACGGUGGAAGUAUUUAACCAUGGAGUUGCCAGGCUCAUUCCGUCGUUAAGUACCAUUCUUCUCAACGAUGACACCAUGGCAGUUGAAGGCGAGAUGAAAGUCGGCAAAGUCUAUCUACAAAAUCCAACCUGUCUGAAUGUGCAAAUGGGCCACUUGCACCAAGAGGUCACGUGACUAAUGCUUCCUUUAAACAAUGAGUUGGAAUCUUGCUAAUGCCAAAAAUUGACAGAGUACAUAAAAAUUAUCUUACACCCGAAAUUUGAGAGGAGACGCAUUUAAGGGAGAUAUUUCAAGGCACUUUGAUUUUUCAACAAAGUAGUAUGAUUUGUAUCGGCUGCCAUGUUGGAAACUACUUUUUGCUUUUAUCUUGUUAAACGUUUGAUAGUUACGCUCAGAUGUGCUCUAAACGUUACCACAUUAUCUUUUCAACAUUUUCAUUGAAGUUUAAGUGUAAAAUUUGCGUUCAGAAAGAGGUAAUCCACAGUUCGGUCACGUGACCAGCUACGAACUUAAUCAUUUUAAGAAAAUGGUGCGGGUCUGAAAAACCAAAUCACUAUUGUUUUGUUUAAGAUAUGACCCACUAAUCGUUUUUCGAAGGCAAAAUCAUAUAACUUUCAUUUUCAUAAAAACGAUGUCACAUGACCUCUUAGCGCAAAUGGCCUAUUUUAUCGUAUCUCAUCAGCUGAGAUAUAAAAUCUGUGGUAUAAAUGUAUCUGUUUUCCUAAUGUCAUUUUUCAAUGUCGUUAUAGGAAGCAACGGGCCCCAGAAAUUUUGCAUUGAAAAGGUUGGCAAGGAAACGUGGCUGCCACGCAGUCAUACAUGGCAAGUAUCCUCUUACUCAGUAAACUCCUCGAGAAUUUCUUCAGUCUGAUUUUGUUACAAACACAUGAAACGUUAAGACUGUGUUAUUGUAAAAAACAAAUGUACAACAAUUCUCCAUAGUCUAUACUCGUUUCAGGGCUCAAAAUAACGGCCAAGAUAACCAUUUUUUCGGACAGUUGGCCGGUCAUUUUGACCCACAACUUUCAAGUAAAUAGCUAGAAAAAUACAUUUCUUCGCAUUAAUUCUGGAAAUUUCAAAAACUGUUAAAAAGUACAGAUGGCACGCCUACGUUUUGCGGCUCCGCGAAUCCUACUGAGCAUUUGUCAAAAAUAAAAUUCAAGCCUUCAUUCAUACACUUCAUUCAAACACGGUAAAAACAGUAACAGUUAUAGGACAAUUAAAAUAGUAAAACUGGUUUUCAUGUUUGCCGUGUGGGAGUACGAGGGGGGACAUAAGGCAAUUGGUUACAUUUUUAAACGUAGUAAAAGAUGUGGUCUCUCUGGCAUCGCGGGGAAGGCUAUUCCACAAAUGGGCCCCACUGCAGCAGAUACUUCGUGGUUCGUACGUGAGGGUAUUCGAGUUAUCACACAAAAAAUAGAGUUUUGAACAUAAAUGUCAAUCCCAUGCACACAUUUUGCACACGAAGAUGUUGUACUUUUCCCUUUUUACAGUUCGUACGGGAAAGAACGCAAAUUGUUCACGAGAAAAUUUGCUCAAACGAUUUUAAGAAACCCUUUUCGAACAUCUGCAACUAAAUUAUGCUUCAUGCACCGUGAAGGUUGAUAGCCUAACCUCAUUUGCUUCCAAGAAAAUGUUCAAACUGCCGAAAUAUAUUUCUACUCAUCUCAUGUUAUUCCACUUAUUGAAACAAUCUUUAAUUAUUUUGUCAACUGGUUCUUCCAAUGUUAUUCCCUAACGCUAGUGUUUCUACCAAAGUUGGGCAUCUCUACUAAGCCACUAGGGAAAUCUAAUACGCUUUAAAAAGGACAAUCACAUGACUUUUGUUGGGAAUAUAGUUUAUUUGUUGCCCGAGUAGCAUCAUUUGCGCCCGAGCGGAAGGAAAGAUUGUUUAACAUGAAAUCAUUUUGCGGACUGCAAAUUCUAUUUACAGCCCGCACUUUGCCGUUUGGCUCGCGAAAAGGAGCGUUUUAGAGAGGGGAGUUUGUCAUUUGGCCGCGUGUAGUGAUAAUAAUAGGCCAUUUGCACGAUGCCGUCGUUUUACUACUACGACCAGAAUUCUUUUUGUUUUUCCUUUGAUAUGUAAAUUUGGUAGCCCCAGUGUGGGGUUUAAAUGACAAAAGCCCUAAUUUGCACAAGAAAGCAAAACCGUGAAGGAUCCUGGUCAUAGUAGUAAAAUGACGCCAUCAUGCAAAUGUCCCAUUGCUAUUAUGACUUUUAAAGGCGACAAGCAUGUGUGAUGUGGUUGCACUUAAUUUGUUGGAAAGUAAAAGAUCUGAUGAAAUUUUAACGCGAAAGAAUAAAGCUUUUUUACAGGAUUAGCUUCUCUGUGCAGCUUUUUAAAACAAUCAGCUGUCUUUUAAACUUCUAGAACCAGAAUUACGCCGCAUUCUUCCGAGUUAAAGUCUUUGUCGAAAUAUCAAUUAUUAUUAUCACUACACGCGGCCAAAUGACAAACUACCCUUUCUAAAACGCUCCUUUUCGCGGGCCAAACGGUAUAAGUACAGGCUAUUAAUGGAAUUUGCCGCCUUCAACAUGAUUUCAUGUGAAACAAUCGUUCCUUAUGAAAUAAAUUUGUCCUAUUUGGCCUUGUGUAGUGAUAAUUAAGAUAAUCACAUGACUUUUGGAGGGCACAUAGUUUAUUGGGUCUCUCGUAGCAUCAUUUGCACCCUCGUUCCGCUCGGGCGCAAAUGAUGCUACUCGAGUCACAAAUGAACUAUAUGCCCUCCAAAAGUCCGUAAGUGAGUCUCCUAUUAACGUUUCAUUUGAAACGUUUCGUUUGCCCUUUAACAGUGUCGUGUUUAGUUGCCAAAAUCUUGAAAGCUGAGUGUCGCGUUUAAUUAUCUUCAAAAUCGUGAAAAAGGAUAAUCAUUAAAUUCUCUGAAUAUUAGGUGAACAAUGUUUCUUUACAUUUUUCUCAUUUCGCAAGUGUAACGAGUUUUUGAGCAUACGAGGCGAUACUUUUUUCUUAAUUGGUGAUUACUUUUUUAAAAUAAAGAUUUUCUUUAUUUUUACCAGCCAUGACCGAGCCAAAACGUCUUUGGCCGGUCGUUAUUUGACCGCUCGGAAACGAGCCAUGACCGAGCUAAAAUUUGUUCGGCUGGUGGUAUUUUGACCGGUCUGUGAAACGAGCCAUGACCGAGCUAAAAUUUGCUUGUCCGGUCAACAUGACCGGCUGCUGUCGGAAAAUUAUUUUGAGACCUGCGUUUAGACGACAGAAAUAACAUAAAUUUUACAGUGCAACCCGGCACUCGUCCACUUGAGUAUAGAGAGUAUAGGCGUUGGGAAAUUACUCUCUAUUUAACAAUUAUGCAUGUGUUUCAUGUCAUUAUACGUAAAUCAUAGCUGAAAGUAGAAUUUCACCCUUACAUCUUUGUUUUGUUUGAAGUCAUUGUCUUGAAGAAUGAGGAAUUUAUGAAAUUUAGUUGAGAACCUUGAUUGACUGGAGGCAUCACUGGAAAAAAAACUUGAUGUAGUGUUUUUUAUUUUCAGUUUCAACCGCCUGGAUCUUCCUCCAUACAAGAGCUACGAACAGUUGGUGGAAAAACUAACUUUUGCAAUAGAAGAAACGGAAGGUUUUGCUCAGGAGUAA